AUGAGACGACAGCUUCCAACCAUCACGGUGGACAGUCCAAAGGCCUGGCCGGACGCAGAUUCCUCCUACAGCAAUUUUAACUCAUCCCCGACUGCCAGCUCCCAGCAGCAACAACAACAGCAGACUGCGACUUCGUUCGAAUGUCGCGUCGUCGGCGAGGACAGUGUCUGUAGCGACAGCGAUUGUGUAGACCAACCGGACACAGAGGGUGUCAAGUCUCUCUUCCUCAAUCAACUCCAGCAUUCCUUGGACCCUGUUCGGCCCAUUUCUGCUGCUUAUGAACAGAAGCUAUAUGACUCCUUCAGAGACUAUGAUCAGGGUCUGGUACACAUGACACCCGGUUACUAUGCUGAUGUCUACGUAGACCCCUGGGGUCCCAUGCAACUGCCCUAUCUCCAAGACGAGGAGGAGUUGGUGGAGGUGGAGGAGGAGGAGGGAGAGGGCGGAGGCUAUGGGGCCGACUAUCAAACUUUUGCGCCAAUUACUGAAGUCGAUGAGGAGAUACGUCAAGAAUCCAGUAGAUGCUCAACCUCCUCCUCUUCCUCCUUCGAGGACACAGGCCCCACCACCGACAACACCUUUGACUCCUCAACCAGCGAAGUAUGCUCAUUAGUGCACCCAAUCCCAACUUUCAUUCUCCAAUCCCGCUGCCGACACCUCUCACUGGAGCUGAAAUCUACUGCUCCGGCGAGCCGAUUGCCCAAACUCCCCUCCUCAUAUCCCAUGCUACCUACUGAUAAACUCUGCGUGUUAGCGUGCCAAAAAAUCCUUCAUGCAAAUGUGUGCCAUAAGCAAAGUACCGUGGAUGUGUCCGAGGACAUAGUUGAGACUCAGGGCUUGCCGAGCGGUCAAUACAACUUACGGGAUGCUUAUUCCUACGAAUCUCCACUGCUUCUCCACGCUGUUACAAGACAACUGAACACUAAAUUCUGGGAUGCCAGUACCGUCAGGAAUAUUGUGAACUGUCCGUCAAAAAGAGCGCGAGUAGGCCAUGAGGACCAGCGCCUCUUCUACCUCACCAUCAGUCAAACACCUAUUGAAUACAGCUAUGCUCCCCGGGAAACCUCACCUUCAUUCACAGUGCAGAAGGAAAUUAUGCCCACAGACGAUCGGGACGCGCGACAUACUGUGGAAGACACUGUGGGAAUGUUCUCGCAAACUUUUGAAAAUUCAGUUCUUCAACUUUGGGACGGAACUGAAUGCUUGUAUGAGGAACGGCGUCAGGAGGACGCAGAGAUGCCGAAAAUUAUUAUUAUGCCUGAAAACGUCUGUACGUCCGAGGAUGAUGAGGAAGAGGAGGAGGAGAACGGUCAUCAGAAUGAGAAGGACACCCUAACUGAGCUCCCUGGAAAGGCAGAGGAAACCUUCCUAUCUAUUAGACGCUGCAGAAACUUUGAGAAUAUUAGUCAACUCAGUCUUUCCCCAGUCCUUGAAGAGAAUGGGGACACAUCUGCAUUCGAUUUCAACAGCAAAAUUGGGGUUUCUUCGGCUGGAGCUGAAUGUUUUGAUCAGAGCAUACCCUGGGAGACAAAUUACUCGACUUCCUUCGACGGGUUGCCAAUACACCGAUGGGGCAGGAGCUCAAAGUCACCAUUUUCUGUGAGUUAAACCACCCUACUUAAUUGAAUUCAGUAAAAGUUCUAUAGUGCCAUCAUUUGCAUCGUCAUCUGCCCUGUUUCAGAGUUUGACGGUCGCGGUUGGUGAUGUACCUGCAAGCCUCAGCAUCUUCGCUGAGGAUCAGGUGUUGGAGAAGCACGAUGACCGUGUGUGGGCCGGCCUUUUCGCACCCUCCGAGUGCAUCAUUCAGUCAGCGAAGGGUAUCUCAACACGGCUGGAGGAGAUGGCCCACAUUGAUGAAAACGAGGAAUUCGAUGUGGCGGAUCUCAGAAAAUCAACUGGCCAGGUAGGUGCGAGACGUUUGUUUAAGAUAUGUGACGCAAUUUGGAAAGUGCACAAUAGUAAUAUUGUCCUUAAGUGCAUCAUAAUUUUCACAGUGUCUUCUUUAGUUCUGCAUAUCUACAGGGAGUUUAAAAUACUGUAAUUAUGGAUGUACAUGCCCUUCACCACAAAAAGACAAAAAGUGUUUUUUCUACAUCCAGAUAACCAAUAAGAUCAGUACUUACUGACUUUUUCUUCGUUUUCCGUCUAGCUAACAAAGGGAUAGACGUUCACACUAGGCUGUAUGGGUCAAAUUUACGUCUGCUUCUACAUACUACAUCAGACUAUCUAGAAAAGUAGUUAAAUUUGGAAAAAACAAAUCGUAUAGAUAUUCGGAAAACAGAUGUUCCUGAUAGGCUAUUUAUUGUCUCAGCAUUCUUUUCCUGUUUUCGUCAUCGCAGGUAAACCCGGAUGAAGAUGCGAAAGCUCUAUUCAGCUCAAUUCAGCCAAUCAAUGAAUCGACAGAGAACAGCGAAAUAUCCUCGAUUCCAGUAACAGAAUUUGCCAGUAAAGUGCCCUACCCAGUGUCCACGCCACUCGCUCUUCCGGCGACAAAUAGCCAACACACACAAAACGAUCCCACUGAAAAGGCGCCAGUUACUGAUUCACACGGAGUGAGACUUGAGUCUAGCACGACAACCGCUUGGAAAGCCCCAAAAGCUCAUCGAUGUCUUCCGACACUACCGAAAAAUACAUCGACUCCCCGCUUGUCAAGCCAGGAGCUGCCGUCGACGACUACUACUACUACGGCAGACAGUCUUUCUGGGCUAGGGCAAAAACUCGGCACUGGAAACCGACUCACUGCGCGUCAGGCAGUCGGUUGCCAAACCACUGCUUUCGAGACUGAAGCUGACGACGCUGACCACGUAACCUGCAGUGUAAGCACAAAAGAAGCGAUGCCUCUCCCGCCGGCCCCUUCGUCGUCGUCUCCGCCGCCCUCAGCUCACAGCAGUACCUCGCUGUCACAGACCGACCAGCCAUCGCGCCAGCAGUCAGCCGCAGGAGAUCGGACGAGUGCUGGCGAUGGACAGACAGGCCGACGACCAGGCCGCGAUGCUGAUCGUGAGGCGGACAGGCGCGCCAGAGCGCGCACAUCGCCCUCGCUGCCAACGCCUUCGUCACCGCCCACGCAUCGACCGACAUCAACUGAGUUGUACUCCUUGCCAGACCAACAUCGAUCGGCGGACAGGACAGGCCAACUGCAUUCCCAGACUGCCGGAGCAGGCAAGGCGACGCGAGAGUCGACUACGAAGGCCGAGGAGGCGGAGGAAGGGGUGGAAAUUAGACACGAGGGUGGAGGUGGGGCAGAUGCGGAGGAUUUCACUACCAGCGCUGUUACGGGCACGCCAACUAGCAGUGACAACCAGAGCUACAGCAGCAGCGGUGGCGGUGGCGGUGUAAUUCAUUCCAAUCGUAAUACAGAGUUCGGACCAACUGGAGGACAACUUGCUACAAGACCUGCCUUUUGCUUUACGCAGCUGGCUCAGGCAGACUCCGCGGGCAAAGGACUUCAGGAACUUGUAGUCACCGAAACCGGAGGCCGUACGGCGGUAUUCGGCGGCUGUCUUUGGACUGCACUGUGUCGUCUUCCACGUAUCAGCCUCUCCCAGUACUUUUUCGCUCAGCCAAACAGACAACCGAUUGACUAUACACGGAGACGCGCUCGGGCGAUUGAAGCCCUCAUUCGCACCUCCGAUCAGGAGCAGGAUCCCUCAGACGCGGUGUUGUCUCUUCUGCAGGACUCUAAACCGGUAUUUUCGAGUACCUACACCAAUAGCACUCGUCAGGUAGCCAGUGGUCGCUGUCUGAAAACUCGUCGGUUGACACUAACCCAAAUCUAUGAUACAACAAUCGAGCAUGAGGAGACGGAGUGUUCCCUUCUGCAGGAUUUUGCUUCUUUUGGGGAAAACUACCUGUUAACAGAAGCCACUUCUGCCCUCCACCCGCUGAACCUUGAGACAGACAGUACAGUUGGCCUGUUGACACAGCACCUCUGUGCAACCGCCCUUCAUUUGCUGCCCACUGUGCAAAGUAGUAUUCCCUGGACAACCGGCUCCGCCGCCACCACCACCAUGAAUAUGGACAGUAUCCGUCGGCGUAGGAGCCAGUCCUAUGUCUCCUCUGGUGAGGCCAGUCAAACCUACCUGCCCCUGCAUCGUUCCAGUCCCCGACUGCCCGACCUGGCCUCCAGCGAGAAUCGCACUCGCAGUUAUACCCUCUCCUCAGCGCCUCGAGCAGCCAACUCCCCACGAGUGCGUCAGUACUACGAGCAGGGCAACGUUUUCCCCGCCAUGUGGAGUCCUCCCCUCAACAAGUCCUCCUCCACCUGCUUCUCCCCCGGACAGACACUCAAGACAUCGCAGGUGAAUAGCCGGGUCUCUGGUAGCAGGAGUAAGGAGGGUUCUGCGUCCGCAGCAGCCACGAAUUCGAGGCCCAUAGGUAGUGGGAGCGGCGGCGGCAGUUUGCUUCGUCCCUCAAGAUACUCUCUGGGGCCCCUAGAUCGCAACGCUUUAGAUGAAUACACUAGUGGCGAUUCUGGCAGUUCCACCGGUAGCCAGCGUCCCCGGUUGACGGAGCCCAUGCAGCUGCAACGAUGGCCGCCGAAACGACAACCGGGUGAGCCAAAGGCAGCCUUCAGUCCGGCUGGCGAUAACCUGGGAGGCGAGACACGGGCUAUGCGUCCAAUCCGUGACUACAGCCGUUCUUCAACCCUGCCCUACAAACGCCGAGGUAGCUGGCAUGUGGAUCGGCGGCUGGACAGUUCGCUGGCAGAUUUCAACUCGCCUCGAAGUGUGCUGGAGGACAAAUGGUCGCAGAGAAGCCGGUGGAGGAGUUUUAGUCCUGAAAGACUGACAAGCCUCCUCUCUGAGGGUUCAGUUGACGGUCCAGCCGGUCGACAUUACAUCUCCGAGACGACUCUCAAUCUAACCUCCACUCUCCCCUUCUACAACCGGCAGCGCAGUCUCCAGAGCAAACAUAUCAAAGAGCUCGCUAAGUCGACAGAACAACUUAGCACUGGAUUCCUGGAUUCCUACCAGGGUUUUGAGACCUCAUUUGACACCCUGAGGGCUAACCUUGAAGCAGCCACCUCGGAGUCUCGACUACUUGACAGACAGUUUGUAAAGGCGAAGCCCUACAGAUACUCCGAGGUUACCGGCAGCACUGAUCGUUUGUUUGGGCGUGAUAUGACUGCAGAACGACUUCGCAGACAGUGUGAAAGGGAACACAGGCGCCUGCUGAAGAGUCUCAUGUCUGACAACUGGGAGAAGUCCCUGUUGUCGGUAGGCCCCUCAGCUGAAAGUUCUCCUGGUAUGGGCGCCUCCGUAGCAGCCCAACCCGCAAUCUUACCGACUCUUUCGCAGUCCUACUCCGCUGAAUAUCCAAUCAGGUACCCCACUGACGCUCAGAAACCCGACGCCUACCUUGGUGCUUCGCCAAAGCCGCUGACCGCCGCCAACGGUGCAGUGUUGCCUGUUCGUGAGGCGACAGUUUUAACGGCACCCCGAACCACGAAUCAGGAUCUUGUCGCUGGGCUUAACUUCGAUGCCGCCAGUUUGGAGAAACUGCUUAGGAGUCCAGCCCUGGCGCAGCUGUUAAACCAACAAAGCGCAUCUGCAGCCGCCACUGGCGGUGGCGCCGGUGACUGUUCUGACCAAUCAGCAUUCACUGACCAGGUGACCUUGGCGGCCGUUGCUGGCGCUGCAGCCGCCACCGCGAUGGCCAACGCUGGCAUCCUGGGCAGCACUGAGGCCCCCACCUACCCGGAGGGAGGAUAUGAGGCUGCAAACAUUGACUGGAAUGAUCCCGAGACUCUGCUAGCGGCGUACAACGCACUGGCCGAGGCCAGCGGCGGCGAGGAGGCCCUGUUACAGCAACUGACGCCGGAGCUCGCGGCCACCCUGCUGCACCACCAACGAGAGGUGUCGGCAAAGCUGGCGGGGGAGCAGGCCUUUGAGGCACAGACACGCCCGACACUUUCACAGCCCCAGUCGACUGCAUUGGCGGAGAAGGCGCCGGAGGAGAAGACGAGAGCGUACGCUUCGGAGGCCGGCUCCACAAGGACGAUUCCAGUCUCAUCCUAUCUCGAGAAUGAAGGUCAAACCAGGCAUCAGUCUAAGCCCUCGUUCUUACUGGAGGAUGUUUCUCGUCAGGCAGGCGAAAAAGAGUCCUACGGUAAGCCGUGCCGACUAUCCUAACUUGGUUUUACUUCUAAUAAUCUCUCUUGCGUUAUGAGAAUUUUCGUCUACCGUCGUUCCCAUUAAUCCCAUUAUGUUCGAAAGUGCAUUAGAUAGGCAUUUUCUGAUCCUAUGCAAAAUUGGGCCCUGGUAAGAGGUUACAGAUGAAAUUACCAAGGCUUACGUUUCAUCUAUAAAGUUGGGAUGCCUAAGUACAUGCCUACAGAGUUACAAUGCUUAUUCGUCUGAUGGUUACUAUCAGUGACCUCGUUUACAUCGUUCCAGAAAUGAGUUUUCGCAAUGCCAAACUCCAGGCGGUUAACCUGUCCAACUUUACCCUUCGGAUAGGGCCUGGUCAAUGUUGGCGCCAUGAGAGGGUAUCGGCAAAUAAACCAGCGGUUCUUGGUAGCUAUAUAUUUACGUCUCGGAUUAACCAAGCAUUAGUUGAAGUUGUGUGAUGAACUUUCAUGUAGAAAAUAUUAUUUAUUGGUUUUUAAUUUCCUCAGAAAUUAACUGCGAACUUGGAGUAGAUCAGUAUAUGUUAGAGUCUAUAGGCGUAGGCCGAAAUUUGAUGUAUGAAUAUCUGGGCCAAAGUCCAUCAGCCACAGCGGACAACCGCAUAAUAUUCAUCAACAGCCAACAUGCAGCUAGUAGUAUAUUUUGGGGUAAGAGGAUACCAUACUAGCAGCACGGGUACUCGCUGAAAUCUCAUACACGUGUGUUUUGCCGAUAUUCUUUCGCUUCCUAACGCAGCUGCGAAGAGUUCGACUCAUCAGUGGGUCCCCCAGCAUUCCCUGCCUGCUUUCUGGUUGAUAUUUCAGUUUAGAAAUUGUUGCUUUUUAAUUUCCUCAGAAAUUAACCACGAACUUGGAGUAGAUCGGUAUAUUCUAGGGUCUAUAGUCGCAGACCGAAAUUUACUCUAUGAAUAUUUCGGCCGAAGUCCAUCAGCCACAGCGAGCAACAGCGUAAUAUUCAUUGACUGUCGGCAGGCAGCUAGUAGUAUAUUUUAGGGUAAGAGCUACAUGCAACAUACAUCAAAUUUCGGUCUAAGCCUAUCGACCCUGGAAUAGACUGACCUACUCCAAGUUCACAGUUAAUUUCUGAGGAAAUUAAAAAGCAACAAUUCCUAAAUUGGAGAAUCUAGCAGAAAGCAGGCGGGGAAUGCUGGGAGAUCUACUGAUGAGCCGAUCUCUUCGCAGCUGCGUCAGGAAGCGGCCGAAUAUCGGCAAAACACGCUUUUAUGUGCUUUCAUCCAGUACCUGUGCUGCUACUAUCGUAUCCUCUUACUUUAAAAAAGUUAUUUAAACGGGACUAUGAAGCUGAACAAUAAUCAGUUCUUUAAAUAAACACCUUCAGACCAUUAUUAAGAGAUAUUUAAGGUCCUCAGCGGGCAAAUUCGCACUACUCUUUUUAAUUGAUUGCCUUAAACUCUUUUUUGUCGAUCAUUAAGAACUUUGGAAGAGUCCAGGUAGAAAAUGGACAGGCUGAAUAGCUGGAAGCUAACGGCUCGUCCGCUUUGGCGGGGUGCACUAAUAGAGGACGCAUUUUCCUGAGACCGGCUGUUGAUUCACCAUGGUUAGGACACUGGUGUUGCAUCCAUAUUCACAGUUAGCAUUGCGAAUGUCUCCUACGAGGUUUCCCAGUGAUUAAAUCGGAAUUUUGCCAGCCACCUCUAGACAGGAAUGAAAGUGCAUAAAAGGGAACUUACUGGGUGAACGUUAGUAGCUAUAGAAAAUCCUAGGGGAGCUGAUGCAUGACAGAAAUAGCAUUAAACUUCCAGCAACCACUGAAGCAACUCCACUUAAUCAAGUUGCCUACUGAGGCCCCUCACAAGAGCAGGCAUGAACGUAAACUCAGAAAAUCAGCAUCGCCCACUUUUAGAACGACUUCAGAGGACAAAGCACAAAGUGAAGCAGAUGUCGGGAUGCAUGUCAAGAGCUUUGCCUUUAAGUUGCUGAGAAGAGUGUCGUCAUUCCUCGAACGUGCGCUUAUGCCUCUGAACAUGGUCCUUAAAGUGUGAUAUAUACAAGAGAUUUCUGGUCGCGAUGGAUUUUAAAUUUACGCGCCAUGUUUCCCCUAAUGGAAGCACAGAAAGUCCUAAAUUCCAGAAUUUAAUAUCGGUUAGAAAAGAUUACCUACGUGAAUUUGCAAUGUUGAAUCUCAUGAGGCAUAAUCUAAAGAUAUCUCAGUUACACCAGUCACACGAAGAUCAUACUCGCUAAAAAUACUGCACACGCAGCAUACGUUUCUUCAUUAACUCUUAAUGUCCUCAUGAAUCCAACACGCCUUUUAUCUGGAGCAUGCAAAAGGCCUCUUCUCUUGUGCUCAUUUUGCAAUAAAUUACAUCUUGUUUAAAUUUUAUAUUUAAAGAAAUGAUAAAUUUUGAUCUAACAAGCCACACGCAAUGGGGUUUUACAGGACUUUGAUACGUCCAUUGAAAUAACAACGUGUCUGUCCGUCUACCACUGUCUAUUAUAUAGCAUAUAACAUUGUCCAUAUCCAUAGUUGAAGUAUAUAAGCCUUUAGGAGCCUUCUUGAUUUCACCCAUUAACGUAGGAGUUUUUUAAAAAUGGAAAUGCUCCAUUUUACGGGCUUUUUAAUCAUUAUUUACCUUUGACGAGGAGUGUACCACGAGUAGUCCAGGAGGACCUAGACGCAACUGCAGCGUCUGGUCCGGUUUAAAAUUAUUCGCAUAUUGAAAAACGUUUGCAAAACUGAGAUAUGAAGAAGACGUAUAUUGCUACAGAAUUCGUUUUGGAAAGGAUUGUGUUUGUGCAUGCCUUCCAAAUAAUUUGUUUUAACCUGUAAGCUAUCUAAAAUCGAUGAAAUAAUUUGCACUACAUAUGCAGCCUUUCAUUAGCGAGUGUGAUUUUUGCAGGUCUUCGGAAAGACGCACAAUUAAAAGCCGGCGUCAUGGCGUGACUAAAAGACUUUGAGAUUAUGCUGCAUGACAUGACGUAUUAAAAAUUCACCGAAUUAAUCCUGUCUUAUCGGAACUAACUUGCAGAAUUUCUGUUUAGGUUUCCUGAGUUACACGAUCCGUAAGGGCCGAUAAUGACUGGAAAAAAGAGCGUCCGAUAUUAGCCUGUACUGUAAUGCUACUUUGGAUCUCCAAGGUCGUAUAAUUUCUUCACAGUUGCCAAAGUAGUUUGGUCUAUUCAAAUGCCAUGCUUAUGGGUCUCAUAAACCAGAACCGGCUCGUCCAUCAGCCAAAAGUGUAGCCUACAACGUGCAGCAUAAAAUCCGGAAGACGCCUGUUUAAGGAGAUCACCGCAUAUCCUUGCGUGCCGUUUGUGUUUUUACAAAAGCAUCAACCACAGUCACACACCGUCUUGACUAUUUUAGCCUAUAUUUUAUUUUAUAUGAGGGGAAUCAAACUUUUGGAACGCCAUUGGGAAUUCUUGCAUAUAAUUCCUCAUUGUAAAAGUGUGUUAAUCGCGUUUCAAUAUCGAUCAGCGUGGAAUAUGCCCGUAUAUCUCGUAAAAUGUUAAAUUCAAUUCUGAACUAUGUUCUCGACUAGAAAGAAGUUUAUGGGUGAAAUUGUAACAUUAAUCGUCAUGUCAUAAAAUUAAAGCUGUUUUGGCCCCACCCGCCCGACAGCUUUUAAAUGCGUGUCUGUCCGGCCUCCGAAUUGGUUGCUUAUUUAGUAUAAACCUGUUUACUGAUGCUCAAUGCUAUUAUAAAUCAUAAUGCAUUUUAUGAUGGCAUGCAAAAUCCUAUUUACUAUUGUGUGGCGAACUAUAUAUUCUUCAAUGUGCUUAGUUUUAAAAAUGUCUUCAAGCUCACCAAUGAUUGCGAUGUUUCCGAAUAUAAGCUGUACAGUUUUCCUUUAAAUAAAACACACUGCUGCAGAUAGUUACAAAUAUCCCACACAAAGCUCGGAAAAGUGCAAUAAACGUCGAACGCGUUAUGUAUCUUAGAAGCUGCAUUUAUAAACAGACAGAAACGACGCUAUUUGAAUAGACAUUUCAUGGCCAUUGAAAAACUAAAUUUCUAGAUACUUUCAAUCCAAAAUCUUCCCAUUUUUUAUGAAAUAUUUGAAUAAUAUAUAUUUUUUAAACAACGGUUGCAACCAAGGACUGUUUUAGGCGUGCUUUCUAUAACAUAUGUUUGUAUUUAUAUGUGCUGUAAAAGUCAAUGGGAAGUGAUCACACAAGAUGAGUGGUUAUUUUUAGCUGAAAGGAUUUCUGCAGGCGUUCAGAAGAAAGGGCAUGCAAGAGCCGGAAUCCUGAACUGACUGAAAUACCUUGGGCCACGCCAUGUGAGAACCAAUAUUAACAGCUCCACCGAAAUAAUUUUCCUAGCCGAAAUCAUAUUUUAGAGUCCCACAUAACUUUCAUGUAAACGUUUCGUACAGUAGUUUUCCACGCUCUUAUUCGACCCCAGUAAUACCUAGGUGAUUAAACUGAUUCCGCUAGUGUCAAAUGCAUUGAAUAAUGUCUGCUCAAAGUGUACAAAAGAGCAGUUGACAACUGUCUUAAAAAGAAAGGCAUUUUAACUGCAAUCUGUGAAAUUUAAGUGUAGUCGUGUUUUGAAGUUUGCGAAGCCUGUGAAAAUUUCUAGUCAGUUCACGUGAGUGACGUUUUGCCAAUCUGCACUGAGUGCAGAAUAGAAAUUUGCAUUUCCGUUAUGUCCUUUAGACGAGGGUCCAUAGGCCACACAGACGUAAAAUCUCGAUUAUUAAUUGGUGCUCGCCGUGCCUGUCAUCCCCCCCGCCUACUUAUGAAGUAUGAAUUUGUCCAUUAACGCUUAAUGCCCUAAUAAACCAUAACAUGUUUUGUGGAGAGCACGCACCAAAUAAUUUUUUUUACAUAUGUGGUAGGUUGUAUAUUCUUCAAACAAUUUGUUCAGUUCUAAAAGUGUAAUCACGUUUCUAAUAACCGAUGUGUUCCAAAAUACAAGUUGCGGACGUUUCCUUUAAAUGAAAGAACAGAUUACUAUAUGCAGUUACGAGGAUCCCAUGCAGGGCUCUAAAAACUGCAAUGAAUGCGGACCAUGUUGUGUACCUCAUAUGCAGCAGUUAUGAACGGACAGAGACGACGCUAUUCGAAUAGACAUUUUCUGGCCAUAAAAAUUAAAUUGUGGAAUGUUUCAAGCAAAAGCUCUUGUCCUUCAAGGCAAACACAUACGGUGUUUAAUUUUAUACACAGUGUUUGCGACAAAGGAAUGUUCUAGAUACGCUUUUUGGAAAGUAUGCUUGUAUUUUUAGAAACAUUAAAAGACAAUAUAAAGUGUUCGCGCAAAGCUAGUAACUAUUCUUGGCUAGAAUGAUAUCUGCAGGCGGUCAGAUGGAAGCGUACUCAACAGCCUGAAUGCUUUCUUGGCUGAAAUAUCUUGUAUCACGCGAUGUGAGAAUCAAUGCUAACAGUUAUAUCUAAGUAGUGUUUUCUGUCUGACAUCUUAUUUCAGCAUCACAAUUGAUUUCCAUGUAAAAAAACUGCAGCAGUUUCCAAUGCUCUUAGUCGACUCCGUUGCCGCUCAGCCGUUCAAACUGAGAUCUGUGGUGCCACACACUGCAUACUCGCAUGUACGCGUAUAAGUAUCCCUUAUAUACCAUGACUCACAAAACCAGUUAUUCAGCUCUAAAGCAUUCCAAAAUCUUCUUGUAUCAUUAAGAUCGCAGGGUAUUACACCCUCUUAGGCUUUUUGAUUAAAUAUGAACAUUUACGUGUGAAGCAUUGCAUAAUGUCUGCUCAAUGCGUACGAAGGAACAGUUGGCAACUGCCUUAAAAAGAAACGCAUUUAAAAUACCGUCUAAAAAAUUGAAGUGUGAUCGUACUUUAAAGCCUGCGGUGCCUGGGAAGAUUUCCAGUCAGAUCACGUGAGUGACGUUUUGCCAAUCUGCACUGAGUGCAGGAUAGAAAUUGACAUUUCCGCUCUGUCCUAUAGGCAAAGAUCUAUAGUCCACGCAAGCGUAGAGUCUCGAUUAAUGCUUGGUGCUCACCGUGCCUGCGACCCCCCACAAACCCGACGUCCUUUUUUGACCCGAAGCUCUGGUUCCGCGUGCGAUCGGUAUAUGUCGGUCGCCACAGCUUCGUGUGUUUGAAUAUUUCUGGUUUCAGUCGACAUGACGCGAACCGGUGGUGCUGUUCGAUGUAUAACUGAUUUGUGUUCAAUCUGAUCGUACGGUUUUAGGUCGGUCUGUAUCUCACUGAUGACGACUAAUAAGGCAAAAAUUACUUUUCCUACAGCAGCAGUAGUAAUAGUAGCAACGGCAGAAAUCGUAGUAAAGGUAUUAGUGAAAGCCGCUAUAUUGACUGUUGUAGCAGUUGUUAUAAUAAAGGUAUGUGAACUUGAAAGUUCAUAUAAUUUUUGCAUUCCUGUAAAAAAGCCUAAGGUCGGAAUUAUAAAUGUAAAAAUUUAACAAUUGCUGAUAGAAGCGGACAGGCGAGUCCCAGGUGGCAGUUCAGAAGAAGCAGAUGCGAUAACUGGAGCAAGGGAUUUAUUGGCCUGACGUUUCGGAUUCCUGCUUGAACCCAUCAUCAGAGACAGUCGCAGAUAAGGGUAAUCGUGGCACAAGGAGAGCAGUAUCUAUAGCUCGUGGCUACCGUGUGAGGACAUGCGUACUCUAAUUAACACCUCUCGCAAUCACCGCUGGGGUCGUAAUUGAUGCGGUGGUGGCCUGUCAGUCCGCGUGCGGGUCAUUAGUUGCCAGGAUUUCGUCAUCCGUGUUGGAUGCUGGUGGGACGAUUGCUUGGCAAAUUGGCUCACUGUCACUGGGAUAAUUGCUCGCUCGGGCCCUCCCCACGUGACUGAUUCCCCAGCCCAGGGAGAAUCUCAGCACGGAAUAUGAUACCGGGAGGUCAUUGCGCUUGUUGAUGGAUUGCGGGCCGGAGAACCAUGACUCGAACAGCUCGCGGCUCACGCGGUUGUCACCCCUUGCGGGAAUUUCGGCUUCUUGAAACUUGCAAAUAUGACAGGGUCCCGUCGAAUGAGCCGCCACCUGAGAGCUACUGUCUGCCCUCCUCACUGCUGUUGUGUGUUCGGCAAUUCGCGUCCGGAGUAUUCUCCCAGUUUCUUCGACGUAGUUGCUUUGUCCGCAACUGCACCAGAUCUGGUAAACGAUUCUUGACGUUUCCUGCCGUGGCAGUGGGUCUUUCGGUCUCAUGACAUGGCACCUAAUGGUUGCUUCCGGUUUGUAUGCAACCCCAAUUCCAUGUGGAGUUAGAAGACGACUGACGGCUUCCGAGACGUUCUCACGUACGGAAGAGCCUGCCAAAAUUUGGGGCCGGUUGGGUUUGGUGUCUAGUAUCGUCUUUAUAUGCACUGAUGGAAAAAGGUACGCGGGUAGCCUUUGACUCUCAGUACUCGUGCAAGAUAUUGCUAUUCAACAACCUUGUCUUCCAUUUCACUGCAAUGGGUCUCAAAACGCCGGAACAGCGCCCUUUAGCAACUACGUUUUGGUUUUUAUUCCACCACAAUCUUUGCGGCAGACGAGGGCAUCCAAGAUGUCCAACGAUUGCAUCUUCGUCUUCUGAAUUUAAUAAUUACAAAUAACAUGCCUUGAUUUACUUCACGAGUUUAUUUGCCUUUUUACGUGAACUGGCAUUAAUAAAUGCAAUAAAUCGAAGAUACGCAAAUAAUCGGUUCAUUUGUUUUGGCUAUUUUUUCGAGGUUUUCUCACUUAUUCCUAGCAUAACUAGACAAAAUGCCUUUUCUUCCUCCCACUCAAAUAAAUCACUUGAGAGAAAGAGAGAGAGCGCGCGGUCAAGCAUGUUCUCGGGGAAUUUCAGGUGCGUUAGUAAUCUGCAAUUCCCCAAAAAUUCCGCAUAGAGUAACAAUGGUCUGUUCCUUUAUUUUCCGCAAAAAGACAUGCAAAAUCUAUCCAUGCGUGUCAUCAGUAGAUAAUUAGUGCCCUAAAACAUUUUAUGUUGCAGUAACGAGGAGAAAUUGGAAAGUUAUUGCUGACGUAAAGGGAAUUUGCGAUUACUGAGAACAAUUGUCGCUAGUUUUUCAAACAAAGUAAAAUGAUGUCACGUGGCAGAGGCUUCCGGGACGCCUGCAUGACCUAUUUUAUGUACAGAUAAGAUAAACAGGGAAAAUGGAUUGACGCGGACACCGGAGAACCCUGCAGCCAUGUAACUUGUUAGUUCGAUAUGAUGGAAAGUUGGGUCCAAAAUACUGCUAGAAAUAAACGGGAAAAUCUUGAAUUUAAUCCUUAGAGCGUCACUCUUGACUUUGAUUUUAAAAUACCCGUGGCCACUUAAACUGAAUGAUUUAAUAUCCAGCGGAAUAACUGCCAAUGUUUCUUCAUUUAUAUACAGCAGUUUUGCCUUUUCAGAUGACAAGUAGUUUCCUUAUAAUUCAUCGCAUAUACCAUAUAAAUGUUCAAAACAUUGCUUGUCGAUAUUUCUACUGUUCUAUAGCGCAGCUGCGGAUACGUCUGUUUCUUAGUGUCCUCACAGCGCUAUUUAUGUGAGUGCUGAUUUGCCUGGCCGUGUGUGAAUGUUGAUACGCUGGUUUUGAAAGUUAGUAUUGAAAAUACUUGAGAUUCAGUACGCGGGGCAGUAGUUUGAGGUAAGCCCUGAAAUGAGAGUAAAUACCCAGGUCGAUGUUCGUUGUUUUUUACGGAAUAUUUUUUAAUGCAAACCCAUAAACUAGUAAAGGCUGGGAAGCAUUUCUUGAAAUAUUGGCUGAAUCCUAAAAUGCAGUCUUAGUUUGGAAGGAAUAUUUAUCGAGAUAGAGUUGUAAUAUUGACUUUCUUGCGGCAUAAUCUCCAGAUAUUUCGGUUAUGCCAGAAUGUCAUUUUUCGAAUUAGCGUCUUUCUGGCCGCCCACAAAGACAAAUUCUAAAAAAUGAAGGUCUAAGUAUUAUUUGUUUUUAUCGUUGAUUUGCAAUGCUCGACGUUUGUAGCCCAGCUGCCUCUAUCAAACUCCACCAAUAAUAAAAGCAAAUAGCCCACUUUUUCAGAACUAUCACGUGACCUAUUUUCUAAUUUUCUUAGCUCCCUAAUGCGGGGACAGAUAGGCCGGCGGUUUGUUUUCGAGUUGGAAAGUUAUUUCUCCUAUCCCGUCAACAACGACGCAGUUUAUCACAAGAAAAAAAUAUUUUUGUUUAGAUUACUUUAUAGGGUAAGGUUUUUCUGCCUGUCGCCGCUUAUUUUUAACAGACUCCCUGCAAAAGCCAAAAGGAGCCUAUUUUCAAUGAACAAUUAGCAUUGUAGACAUUAGUAUGUCAUGCAGUUUUUUAACCGUUCGUCUGCAAUGCUUGAAAGGCAAUUUUCAUCUAAGGUUUCCUUGCAGCUGACACUAAGUUUUAACUGAUUUUUUUACUGUUUCUAUAAACGUCUUCCGCUUUCCAAGCACGAGGUUGGAUAUCGUGAUCGUCUUCCUUGUCGAGAACACCCAUCAGACAUCAACGUCUUGCAGGAACCGGAUAUAAUUACCGGUUUUCUGAAUGGCCAGUAUAUUAAAGUCACAACUAUUACCUAUAAGGAUAAAGUCGGGACCACUUAACGUAGGACGUUCUUGAAAACUUGUCAUUCGUUUGGCAAAAGGCGCUGCUGUGAUUCAAACACUCAACUCAUCCUGCGAAUGUCAUUUUGCAAUCAUUUGGGAGCAUACGGAGGCAAUCGCCUGCUACCUAUCACGUUCUUUACUACAUGCGAACGUCUUCCGGAAUCAGGACUAUUUCGGUUCCUUUCAACGUUAUUUUACUUGUCUAUAGGGAAGCCUGCAAAUUAGGUCUUGCAGUCAAAAAUGUUAUGCCAAAGAAUCUCGGGAAUACUGCAAGGUCGUAUUAUAAGCCGCGGUCUCGCUAUUCAAAUAGGACGUUGAUGUUUCUAAUAAAAAAGACACUCCAAACUAUAUCCUUCUUUAGCCACUGAAUCAUGCCAAACUGCAUUAAUAAAGACAAUUAAGACGCUGGCGACCUUUCACGGCAUAUAUAUGAUCAGGUUGUUUAGCUAUGUUUUAUUUAUUGACGUAGAAUCAGCUGUUUGUGAAUAGAUAUUUUUGAAUUUUAUUUGCUUGCUCGUCGGCUAAGGUGUACACUCAAAUAGGUCCUUAAAAAACUCGCAACUUGUAAGUAAUUCCGGUAGAGCACGGUAAAUUCCGGGGGCCUUAGGACUAUGGGGCCCAGUGUUUGAGCCACGGUCGAAGUUAAGACGCCGGAUAGGUUCUCUCUGGAAUCUAAUGUAAGACAACCUGUAGUACGAGAGCGUCCUUAUUCUCGUGUCCAACUAAAAUUCCUAUCACGAAAUAUCGUAGGAAAACCGAAAAAAUUUAAAAAAUUCAGAGGAAACUGUAUUGGACAUUUUGGUAGCAAAAUAUAAACCUUUACUCACUGAAAGUAUCAAAACAUUACGCCGCUCUGGUCUCCGCAUAUUCCCAACUGGAAAGUUGGUCAAGUUGGGUCACCAAAAAUAUCCGGAACUUGCAAAUUUAGAUGCUUUUUUAUACCGACCAUCUGAAUAAAUACUAAAUAGUUAUACAGCAUACAUGUAAAUUGGCGAAGAUGACUAAAACAUUUAAAUGUUUUUAACCUUCACUGUUUAUAUAAUGUGACAAAAUCCAGACCGAUUCUUGAAACCAGUACAAACUCAACCUUUUUUGACAAAAAAUUGCUUUUGCUACUAUCUCUUCCUGAGGAAUUUUGUCCUUCAGUUAAUGCGUGUGCUUUGAUCCGAUGAUUUUUUUAAAGUCAAUACUUCUUUAUAUUUCUAGCCGUUUACAUGAAUAUUUCCGUGUUCUUGUGCCUGCAGAGUUGCUAAUGAUACUCAGAAUCCCCUUUUGCCGUAGACAGUCUGGCAGCUGGGGAGCUGAUCAAUGUAAUUUUAAAGUUUUUAAAAAGUUGGGUUCACAGAUAAAGGUAUAUCUGGUAGUUGAGAAGCACUAGGAGCACAUGAGAAUGUUAUUAUUUUAAACCGAACGACAUACAUUCCUUAAUAAAACAAUCUGAGGACUUACUUUUUCAUACAUUCUAAAAAGGAAUGUGAAAAUCGCCCAGUCGCCAAGUGAAAAUCUAAUGCAAUUUACAUAAAUGGCUAAAGAGGCGCCACAUCCAAAGGUCAGCGUGCUACCGCAUGUUAAUUUUAUCGGACAAUAUCUCAUGCUACUCAGCAUUUUAACGUUGGAAGAGGCAGACAUUUUGGCGGGUGUAUUAGAAUGUUCGACGCGUACUCCAAGUAUGUAUUCGAUUGCACUACCAUACUGUCCCCAUUCGAAAGCCCACCAGUCGAGUACUCAUUGUGGGCAGCGUAUCUCAUGAAACAUUAACGUCAAAUCUAAAAAGUGAUUUCGGUUAGCAAGGUGGGUUUCUAAGGUUGGAUAUCAUGCAUCAAAAUGCCAACAUGUUUUAGUUACGCAAAGAUGCUGACUUUGGAAUGUGCGCUUUUUGGCUUCCUGAAAUAAUGUACUCGUGAACUGUGGCUUUUCAACUAAGAUGAUUAUUUCCACUGAGUCUCGAUGCUGUCAUAGUUUGUGGAAAUAUGGGAAAAGGAAUCGCGACAUAAAAUUUCUACGAAAAGAGUACACGAAAGAAUCAGUUUAUGCAUGUCUUUCGCCAGAUAUGUUUUUGUUUUUGCGGUCGUCGCAAAUCAAUAAAAAAAUCACACUAAUCAAGUAGACUCGUCAGUGAUUAUGAUUUCUACAAUCUGCUGGAUGGACGUGCAUUGAAACGAUGACAUACUGACGUACAUGCAAGAUCUUGGGAUUCUGCUACAUGAUACUCACUAUUUAUAACACCGCCUUGGUAGUUCUCUCUAGUCGAGACCACGUUUUGAGGCUUCAGUGAGUUCGUUGUGAAAUAGGCCAACUACAGCAUUUGCCUUAGGAGUGUCUCUUAGCAACAAGCAGGCAUUUUGGCUCUGAGUUUGCUCAUUAACCGUAGCCUGACAGUCAUAACCACCACCUGUAUGAACACCGUCAUCUUUCUUUCUCUCUCUCUCUCUCUCCCCCUCUUUCUCCUUCCUUCUCUUUCCCCCUGACGGAACCGGUUGAAGUAAUGAAAUGCGAAUUUUACAACCCAAUCGCUGUCCCCGCGUCAACCUCGCUUUUUCCUGCCAGUCCCCGGGGGGGUUUCUGAGUGAGAUUGAGUCAAGGCGACUAGACCGGAGACUGAGGACUGUGGUUGGUUGGUUGGUUGAUACUACAGACCCUUCUGCACUGACACGGAUGUGUUGCCCCUUCCCCCCUCCCCUAUCCCAGCCUCCACCAAAACCAUAUUCCACGUUGUAGCACAGUUAGCUCCGUAAAAUAAUAGUCCCCGAGAGGAUUAUUAGCCGUGUGGGAAGGAGGCGCUACCACCCACCCUGACGGCUCCUGACAUUGGAGCGCAGAGCGUCGAAAAAAUACUGACGCUGUAAUUCCUUUUGACCGCAGGUGGGGCACCUUUGCAACCGGUUGCAUAAUAAGGUGCAAUAUCAGGUUAUGCCCGUCUGCGGUUGGGGUACUGAUGACUGGUAAUAGGGAAAGGAUAUGCAAUCUGCAUGGUGCUUUACUUGAUUGCACAGACGAGCCACCUUCCACCUACUAUGCCUCAACUGUUUCUCCAUUCAAGCUAUAUACAGUAGGUGGGCUAACUCAUGAAAAGUCAACCGAAAUUUCGAGAUGCGCUCUCGUUUCGAAAAGAUUAAUUGAGUAUGGUUGUAAAACUCAUCACCGUCCAACAUAAUUCUAUAAUGAUCCAGUUACCUCAGGAUGCCUUCUUUCGAAUGAACAUAUGUACGACUGCAUGCAAGAACUAUGCUCGGCAGAUUUUGAAUAAUUCAUAUUGACCCAACUGUGAAAAACUCGGCGCCUCGGUGGGAUUCGAACCCACGCAGUAAGGGGGAAGGCUUUAGUACAGCCAACGCUCUAACCACCUGAGCUACGAGGCCCCGCCAAAAUAUCAAUGAAUUACGUGAGCCUAGUAGUCAUCUGGUGGAUUCUAGGUGAAUUACUUAGGAAAUCCUGCUUGGGCAGUCAACUUACUGUAUCAGAUUUGGUGGAUUCCAGACGUUGCAGUAGGUUGGGCGGGUAAUUUGACCCAAGUGUGAUAAAACUCGCGUCGUCCGGCGGGGCCUCGUAUCUCAGGUGGUUAGAGCGUUGGCUGUACUAAAGCCUUCCCCCUUACUGCGUGGGUUCGAAUCCCACCGAGACGCCGAGUUUUUCACAGUUGGGUCAAUAUGAAUAAAAAUAUUCAUUCUUUUACUUAUUCCGUAAAAAAUAACGUCUUUUUCCAAUUUUCUACUCGAAGGAGGAGUAUAAUUUGGUUUCAAAAACGUUUCUAAUUGUGAGAUUUUUUAUACCGUGAAAUGGCCGUUUAUAAAACGUCAUGUAUCUGCAUUUACCAAUGUUGCUUGUAAUAUUAACAAUAUUGCUUUGGAAACCCUGAAUGCAAGUAUAACAGCAGGUAGGAUUUAAAUUUAUGCGGGAAUUAGAAAGGGUUUUUAAAACCUAACUAUAUUCUUUUGAGUAUAAAAUUGGAAGAGGACGUUAUUUUCUACGGAACAAGUAAAAGGAUGAAUAUUUUUAUGCGUUUGUUUUUCAUAAAAUAUAAUUAAACUCUCAAGUGCAUUGAAAAUCAAUGAGAAAAAUUCAUGCUACUUACGUGGCCAUUUUUUACAGAGCGUAGUUUUUGCAUGCAGCCAGGAGGAAGUUCAUUCGAAAGCCGCCACCCUGCGGUAACUGGAUCAUUAUAGAAUUAUGUGGGACGGUGAUUAGUUUUACAGCCCUAUUUUAUUAAUCUUUUCGAAACGAGAACGCAUUUCGAAAUUUCGGUUGACAUUUCAUGAGUAAGCCCACCUACUGUAAGUUGUGGGUGAGCGCUCAUUGAGCGGUUUAUGGCAUGGGCUCGUCCCGCUGGGUUUUGGGGCUCAGUCCAGCAUCCUCGCAGGCAUUCGCAUAAAGACUAGUAGUAUAGGCAAUUGCUAUCCUACCGACAAAGGCAACGGAGACCGGAAUGGCCAUUUCUGGCUUAUUAGCCGUCAUCAGCCAGUCAUGUCCAACUCCCCCGGUUUUUUAGACCUCAGGUGCAAAGCCGAGUUCUAUGAUCAUCAAGUGUUGAGUAGCACGGCGCUCUUACACUUGGACACUAGACCGUUUUCCUAUCGAUUUUUGAUAGGAUAUAGUAACUGUCGGGUCCAAAGGCACAACGGGACGAGAACGUCACAUAAUCUGAUCGAUGAGUGCUCCUCUACAGCGGGCACGGGAUUAGCGGUAGCACAUUUGAUUGCUUAAUGCCCAAGGACUAAAAUCUAGUGUUCGCCCCUCAGGUCUCUCAAACCUAGGACUUGACAUGACUAACGGACGAUGGCUAGUAAGCUAGAACUGACCGUCCAGAAUUCCAUUUUCUUCGUCGGUAGCUCAUUACCUGCACAUAUAAGUGCAUAUAUCUUGCUAAGGUGUGUUUGUCUAAUCGUCACGUACAGAAAUCUUAAGGAACGCCCAUUUCAACACAUCCCAACGGGCGUAUGGGACAAUUUAAAGAGUCUACAAUAUUGAUAGAUGUGGGUUAGGUAUAUGCGCAGAGAGAUUAAAGAUUAUGGAGAACUUUCUAUAAUAUUUUUAAACGUAGAUGUCUUCACUGGUCGAUAUGGCCACGGGUAGUUAGUGCUGCCGAAAUGUCUACAUUGGUUCACUGUUCUGCACCCUAACACGCAGUUAUUUCGUAAGAGCUUGAAACGGAGAGUAGUCGGGUAGUGAAAAAAUAGUCUAAAUAUUGAUAUAUGGUAUGCACACAUCUGCCAGUAAAGCAGGAGUAUAAAAACGCUGGUGAAUUUGUCAAACAACAGUUAGCAUUUUCUUACUCCAUGCAUACACUUAAUCCCUACCUGUUGCUACUUGAAAGCAAGACACCCCUAAGAAGAAUGCACAGCUCAAUCAACCUGACUGUUGUUCAACCUGGAGUGUCUAUAUUGAAGGUCGCCAUUUUAACAUAGCGCACCUCCUCUUUAGCCUUUGAAGGAGAUUUUCUCAGAUACGAAUCUCCAUAGAUCUCUUCACGACACUGAGCCCCUGUUUAAACAGUAUUACUGGUGAACUUCUGUUCUUUGCGCAGUCUUCAUACCGACUUAAAAAUAAAGUCAAUUUUUACGAGCGGAGUUCACAGUUUCGUGUUUUUUUAGACCACCAGGCUAGUUCGGUACCAUGAAAUGUACAUUCUAAAAGGAAGUUUACAGAGGCAAGAUGAAUCUCGUGUAUGCUAUCGAAAGGAUGAGGGGAAAAUAUAAAAAAUAUUUUGGUGAUUAGGGUUACGAUAAUCUAUGGAAGCUUAAGAGUCCUGUGAUGACGUUGAAAAUGGUUAUGCGGAAAGGGCUAGUAAGGGUAGUGUAGUCAGGAAAAUUAUGAAUCAUUAUUACACACUGCGUCAUGCAUUUUGAAUCCGUCGUUUUUAAUGUGCUAGUUUCCGACAAUAUGAAUCGAGAAAAGUUGGGAUGUUACAAAAGACCUUUAGUUAUAUCAGGUUUUCGGGAAAGUGCUAUUUGUUAGUCUUAACUUUCGUCCGCUGAACGUGGGAACGUGAAGGUUAUCUGUGAUUUUUAUAUUUUAGAAGAUGCGAUAUAAUUUUUAAAUAAUUUUGGUACACUGGAUGUAUGUAGGAUUUAUGCAAAGAGCAACCACAUUAUUCAAUAUCAGGAAAGUAAAAUUACUUUUUCUUAGUUUAAAGUCAGCAGAUUUUCUGUUUUUUUGCAUAGACGGACGAGAUGCUACGAGGACGAAUCAAGUCGCAUCUUCAAACGGAGCACCAGCGUCAGCUUCAAUAAACAAGGUUAGUUGUAGCAUUACUUACAAAAGGGUGGUGAACUUUUAAUAGACGUUUUACGAAGAAUAGUUUACUCUCCACGACCCUCUGUACACUAGCGCAUCUAAGGCUCCAAUUCACUGACGACACUGAGGUUAUGAAACCAUGUAAAUAAUGGCGAUUAACGAUAUGUGGGUGAUAGUUGGCGCUCUUUUUAAAAAAGAUGCCUAAACUGCGCCAGGAAACUACUAUUUCUCAUCCUUUAAGUGUCGACCUGAAGCUAAACGUCACGCUCAUUAAAACCCAGAACAUCUUUAUAGACGACCUAGCAGUCAUUUCGGCCUCCAACAUCGUGGUUCAGUGUCACCGUCACGAGGUUGCCGCACGCCCAUUCAACGGCUCUCUUUGAUCGACUCCCCAAACUAGAAAUUAGCGGGAGGCGUGGGAGGAAAUAAUAAUUUGCGGUAUUCUGCGGCGUAUGCAGAGCAAUAAAAGGACAUUUGGCGAUGCUCAAGGUCGGACUGGAAUUCAACCAAUCAGAUAGCGUCACUGAGUGGUAAGCAGGUCUCCUGGGCUUUUGACCUAUUUGGCUAGUUGAACAAAGCUCCAGUCCUGUCGGAGUCUGUUGUGACAUCAUCACGCGCACGAUAUGGACAGAUCAUCAGGGCGGCCCCUCGUAACAUUCAACAUGUUCUGCGCAUGAAAAAUAAGUGUCGUCCCAGUUACUCAAUUUCUAACGCAAAGGUGAGUUUACCGGCCAAACUUCUGAUUCACAGUAUUCUUCCGAUGUCUGCUGAAGGGGGACUGAAAAAUUAAGCUAGUGUAUACAUUUGUCCCUCAACGACGCCCAGUAGGCGUUUGCUUACGAGAAGGGGAUAAGAGUAAAAGGCCAAGACGAGGCCAUUCGAGUGCUGAUGAUUUCAAGUGACUGCGGGACGGAUCUGUCUCUCUUGUACAACUAGUGGUUCCAUAUCCCGCCCUCAAGAAUGGCGUAGGCGUAGAGUCAACCGGUAGGGACAGACUUGAUACAGUUUGCGAAUCGAAACAAACUGACGACUGUCGUGACCUAGUCGCGUCGGAAACAUUCGAAUUGCCUUUGAAUGUAGCCUUGAUAACGAUGGCCAUUAUACUGUUGCUGGUGGUGGUGGUGGUGGUGGUGGUGAUGGUGAUCGUAUGAGUAAAACCAUCGUGACCAGUAAAAGGGGACUCGCACCUAUACUUAGUGCUGACCAUGCGUGCCUCAUCUACAAAGGCCUUCACUGCAAGCAACGUUUAAUUCAAUAGUAAGACUGCUGGCUUUUCGUAUUCCUCGAACUUGCAGACCAGAUUUAUUCUGAUGCCGGUGUUUAGACGCCCGGUUGCCUGGUGGAUAUUUAGCUUACAGGUACUCUUUCUAUAGAUACAAGAACUAUUAGCACGUGGAAAAAAGCUCCAAUUUGUUGUAGCCCACGUGAAACCUCAUAAAGUAAAUGGUUAUUUAGAGCUAAACAGACUUAAUCGGUCUUGGCUAUCAGAUGGUCAUUCCACUUAAGCAGCGUCGUCGUGCGCCGCUGACUAUGCGCCUGCACGGCGGAUAAUUGCGUCGACGACAGUGAAAUGCUCAGAGAAAUCCGUCAACAAGGACUUCUGGCUUUAAAAGGAGCCUAUCCUGACGUCUCUAGCCUUCCACUUCUAUAACAAAUUUUGCUUCCGCGGGUGUUAGUCAGCAACAGUCUUUCCGCAGGAGACAUCAACAGGAAAUAGCUGAUGCAUCGAGUUGAGACACCAGCAGGAUUUCCGAUAGAAGCGAAAGGGCGAGUUCCGGGAAACAGUUGAGAAGAAAGCGAAGCGAUUACUGGGGCAAGAAGUCUCGUCGUCGGACGUUUCGAAUCCCCACUCUGACCACUCAUCGAAAACAGUCGCAGGCAAGGAUUACGGACGUACAAGAGGUCUCUGACAAUGUUUUUGAGCAAGUAUAAUUCUUGUUUUAGUGAUCGCAGGAAUUAAAAACAUGUCUCAAAUGCAAGGCACUACAGUAGGGUAUCUUUUUUCUUCUCUACUUUCGUGAAUAGGAAGGGGUGGGAUAUGAGCUAAAACUGGCCCACAACUUUCUGAGGGACAGCGGGAAAAUUUCGGUGAAUUUGCGGGGUUUAAACUGCUAGAGCUCGAGAUGUUGACUUCCGGCUGACGUCUUUUGCCAAUAGAGGCGAAGAGGCGAGUCCCAGGAAGCAGUCGUGAAGAAGGAGGCACGAUCGCUGGGACAAGAAGUUUAUUCGCCUGACAUUUCGGAUUCCUGCUCGAACCCAUCAUAAGAGACAAAAGCAGAUAUGGGAGGUUCAUGCACAAGGGGCUGCAGUACUUAUAGGAUGCAGUCGCCGUGCUACCGCGUACCAAUGAAUAUUCGCGGCUCCUCCCUUUCAUCAGGGAGCGUUGCAUUUGGUGUGCUUACUGUUUGAUGGCCGACAUUCGCAUCGUUAAUUGCUUCAAUUUCAUCACGUGCGUUGGAUGUUGGCGUGAUGAUUGCUCGACCAUCUGACGCAUCGACCCCGGUGUUGGGAAAAGUGUUCACCUGUGGGGUCCCCGCGUGGCCAAUUACUCCGCCUAGGCGAAGUUUCAGCGCCGAGUAUGGAAGGGGAAGGUCGUUGCGCUUGUUAAUAGACUGCGGGCCAAUAAACCAUGACUCAAGCAGCUCCCGGCUCACGCGGUUGUCACUUCUAGUAAGAAUUUCGGCCUCGUAGAAUUUGAAUGUGUGGCCGGAUCUCGUCGAAUGGGCCGCAACUUGUGAACUGGCGUCAUUUCUCCUUACUGUUGCACCAUAUUCGACCAUUCGCGUUCAGAGCUGUCUUCCGGUUUCUCCGACGUAUUUGCUUUGUCCGCAAAUGCACAAGAUUCGAUAAGCAACUCCAGACGUUUCUUGCCGUGGCAGCGGGUCGUUCGACUUCACUACUGCACCCCUUGCCUGCCAGCUGACUAUUUUUGCAUUGUUUUUGUGUUUUCGCUGUAAACAGUUUCAACCCUACCGACUGUUUACGCUUUUCCCGCUCAAGUCUGCUUACAAUCGGACCUGAUAGGUAGAAAGAGUCCUCUUGGAGUCACGGUUUGUUGCCAAUGUGAUUUGCCUCAAUAGACACUUGUUAGCCAAGGGGAAGUGACGCCAAGACCCGCGGUCGUCUCCCCCUCCCCGCCCUCACCAAAUACCGUCUGCUCACGUGAGGUCUAAUCUCCGUCGGGCUCUUCUUUUUCCGCUUCCUCUCUCUCGUGCAUAAACAAAAAUAGAGGAAGCGGAUGACUGGAGAAAAUGCGGGAAAAUUGGAAAAAUUGACGGCUCAAAAGACCGUCGGAGCGGCGAUUUAAGGGUAGGGAGGUGAGGGUGGGGGGCGAGGCGGGGAGCGUGCAUGGGUCGUCUCCUCGGUCGCGCAUACUCAGCCGGAUAAUAUGUCCGCACCGACGCGUGCGGCAUCCGAGCAGCCUCGGCAGUUUGGCCUGAGAAGGGAAGGGGAGAGAGGGGUGCAGACAACCCACGCACGAACUACAACGCAUUUUGGGGGCGAGAGACAGAGAGAGCCGGAGGACGUGCCUGCAAGCGCAAACCUAGACUUGCUGAACAAAAAUGAAUGGGUAAUUGUACGCACUUCUGAACGGCAGUAAAUGCAGUGUACUCGGCUGGAAAGAAAAAAGCAUUGACUGAGGGGGCGCGGGCGACCAAUGGUUGUACUGACAGCGAGUAAAAUUGCGGAGUAAUCAGUGCUCAAAAAAUCAAUAACGGUGAUAAGAGCACAGUGACCAAAUGACAGUUGGAAUAUCGUGGUCGAAGAUGUCCACCGUGUGCCCCAGAGCAGAGUGAAGGCAGGGACCGUUGUUUGCGCGCAAAAUAGCUUAAAGUGAGAGUGGGUUUACGCAGCAUCUACCGCACUCUCUCCUGCCUCACCUGGGCCCGGUGUCAUGACUAGAUCAAAAAAAAAACCGUAGGUGAGAGUAAGCGCAGGUGGCUGGCACGGCUGCACUCGCACCCAGGGGUACCUCCACACUCCCUGGUCCACAACAAACACUUGCCCGGGAUUUUAGCCAACAAAAACAAUGAGGGUCGACAGGGGUCCCAAUUGACGCGACGUGAGCCGGUGGCAACUGGACCUGCCACCGCAUCCCGAUGGCUGGCAUUUGUUAUGCGUGUGUACUCCCGAUAACACCUGCCAUAAUCCGAUUUUCAGCGCAUCUGCCGCGUGACUCGUUUUGCGGACACACACACGGACUAACCAGUAGGCUGUGGAUCACAUCAAAUACGACCCUCCAGCCAUGAACGCAGGUGCUGCCACUAAUGCGGAUGUGGUGGUCGGAAUUUGGGUCUUAUAAAUACUGCGUCUCCCGGUGCAUCCAUCACCCCUGUCUGCGACGGCUUCUGAUGAGAGGUUCUAGUGAGAAUCCGAACAUCUUCCUCCACUUUUCACUGGGGAUCUUUAAUAGCGUGCAACGAUAUUUGUUAAUACUUACAUUAGUCCGGCUCCGUGCAGCAUUCUGAGAUGGGCUAGAAGUUCAAGCGGGUUCAUUAAAAACAGUAGGAGUGAAGACACCGCUUAUCGUUCGUCGUUCCUAUUGGCUGAAAUUGCCUUGCUGCCUGACAGCAUGUAAACUUGUCAUCGACGGCUUAUUCAAGCCGCAUUAUUUUUCCAAAAUUACUUUUCAUUCAUUCUUUGAUUACCGCGUUAACUUUCCUUCGUUAUGCAGCAGUGCAUGUUAAGUUUUUCGGCCGAAAUUCAAGUAUCUUCUGGGCUUCCUUGAAUUCCACCAUUCGUCCUGCGUGCGUGCUAUCCUACCCAUAAAAUCACCAUUACCACAAUUCCCGUAAGAUACCGACAAUCGACUAACGGUCCGUCUUUGAGUUCUACAACCUCCUAUUGCCGAUGUUGGCUCUGCGUCAAGUCAGUCGCUGCGCCCAAUCUCAACUCAGUCCGGUUUGACCCGCACAUAUCACUGGUGAGUAGGACAGGGAAGAGAGGGUGUAGUGUUGAUGCAGCCUCGUGCGUUUCUUGUCUGCAAACCAGCAAACGCGUCCUUCGGCUCUCAGGAACUGAUGCAAGUUUUGACUCGGAAGGCCGUAAUCUGAUCAGUUGUUAAUGUUGCCAUUGUAGCAAUCCCUCGUGAGACUCCAAAAGUCCUCCUGAAUGAAGCCUGUUGUCUGCAGUGCCCUGUAUGACAUUCUCCCCCAUGCGAGGUAAGAGACGCCCAAGUAACUGCAGCCUGCCAGAUACGGGUCGGAGACUGUUGUGAGCAGGCAGUGUGAGUGUGUCCCCGUCUGUGCUCAGAGCGCUACUAUCGUCGGGUCAGAUCCCAAGUUGAGGGGGGAAGAUGGAAGGCACCAGAAUGAGGGGGUUAUUUUGCACAGAACCCGGAGUCGUCCUCUCAGACGGCAGUGGCCACUGGCGAAGCCAGGGCUGGUGUUGACUGCGUCCAGUCAUGCCUGAGAGUCCCUGAAAUUGUGGUGGCAGCCGCUUUUGUAGGCUCGUGGCCCAACUUCAAGUGGCGUCCAGUCAGUGUGCGUUGCAUUUGCCGAGGGGUGGUGUCCGAGUGUCUUGGCUUGUGGUUGCAGGGGGUGGCGCGUUCAAGUGGCGCAUGGGUAGUCGUGACUGUGCAGACGCAGGUAUGCUCGAGCUGUCGGUCGCGUGACUUCAGAUCAGUGCAUCUGGAACGGCUCACUGCACAGGGGUGGAUGACUUUGGGGCAGCGAGGUCUUGAACAAUGACGCCAGACCGGUCACGAUGGCUGCCCGCUACAAGACAAGUUCGUGUGUGGGACGGGGAGAUGAAAUGGUUGGCUUUGUCAACCACUGCAUCCACAUACACCUCCAAUCGUCUUGGCUUUGUUAUGGCAUCGGAGGACGGCGAUUGGACAAGGAGGGAGUGAUGUGGCUGUCGCGAAUGCCUGCCUUCCCGUGAACGUAUUCACUGGCAGGUCAGACCUGCACAGACCACGUGGGACAUUGGCGGGCUUCGUCGUCCGCGACAAUCAAAAUCAUCUAGACAGGGACUCAGAUCUUGAAUUUGGAGAAUUUGCUUCAGGCUCAUUAAUUGAUUUCCGGAAAAAUCAAUAGAAAUAACUGUAGAAACUGAAGCACAGACCCGAAAGCGACUUGAUCCGCUAAAUAGAAAUAAAGUCGCUGCAUCGGAGCUAAAUGUGGAGGUUGAGGCUCGAGUGUGCUGUGUGAGCUGAUAAAUUGCGUGGAGGGGUCAGCACGUGUGUGGCACGCGAAGAUGGCAGCAUUCUUCUGAGUCAGGCCCUGUUCCCCUGGGCGUCUUCAAACAUAAAGUAGGUAGGCUAACUCAUGAAAUGUCAACCGAAGUUUCGAAAUGCGCUUUCGUUUCGAAAAGAUUAAUUAAAUAGGGUUGUAAAACUAAUUAUUGUGCAGCAAACUUCUAUAAUGAUUCCUUUACCUCAGGAUGCCGGCUUUCGAAUGAAUUUCCUUCCGGCUGCAUGCAAAAACUACACUCUGUAAAAAAUGACCACUUAAGCAGCAUGCAUUUUUCCCACUGAUUCUCGAUGCCCCUAAAAGUUCAAUUAUAUUUCAUGGAAAGCAUGCAUAAAAAUAUUCAUUCUUUAGCUUAUUCGGUAGAAAAUUACGUCUCCUUCUAAUUUUAUACUCGAAAGAGGGAUGUAAUUCGGUUUUAAAAAAGUUUCUAAUUGUGGGACUUUUAAAUACCGUGAAUGACCAUUUAUAAAUCGUCAUGUCUCUGCAUUUACCAAUGUAGCUUGUAAAGUUAACAAUAUGGAUCAAAUCCACUGCCACAUUUUAUGAACCCUACAUAGUCCCCCUUUAGUACCGUAGAGAAAUAUGUGGCUUUCCGCACGUGAAAAAUAAACGACUUGUAGUCUGGAAAUCCCGAAUGCAAGUGUAACGGUAGAUCGGGUUCCAAAUUAUUCGGGAAUUGGAAAAGUUUUUGAAAACGAAAUUAUACCCUUCCUUCGAGUAUACGAUUGGAAGCAGAUGUAAUCGUCUAUCAAAUGAGCAACAGAAAGAAUAGUUUUAUGUCUAUUUGUCAUGAAAUCUUAUUGGACUUUGAGGGGCAUCGAACAUCAAUGAGAAAAAUUCAUGCUGUAUAAGUAGUCGUUUUUUACUAAGUGUAGUUUUUGCAUGCAAUCGCAAGGAAAUUCAUUCGAAAUCCGCCAUUCUGACGUAACUGAAUUAUUAUAGAAUUAUGUUGCAGGCUGACUGGUUUUAUAACCCUCCUUUAUUAAUCUUUUCGAAACGAAAACACAUUUUGACAUUUCAUGCGUUAGCCCACCAACUGUACCCGGCAGACGCGUCGGAAAUCGCUGUAUUUCUGGAAAUGACAGACUUCACAGUUCUUGACGACGUAAAUAUCGCGCUUUUCAAAAAUGUUUAUUUUUACGAGAAAGCCUAUUUUUAGAUUUUGCUCGGAGUUCAAUGAGUUCUCGCUCAGAUCCUACGUCAUGUGGUUGUGACUGAUCGUCCUAUGAUUUUGUCAGUGGUUUUAGUGCACUUGAACUUUACUCUCCAUGUCACGCACGUUGACCGAUCUGAACCCCGAUGUUUUUGAUCAGAAAAUCUAAAAUUUGACCGAUGUCGAGGACGGAAACGACGUUGAGCUCUUUGUUCAAUUCGUCAGUGGGAGAAUGGUUGGAUUACGAAGACCCUUUCUCGGGGUGACGAUCAGACGGAAGUGCGUUUAUGAAUGCAAGAUUAUCAGUUAUCGGAGAACGACCGACGUUGCGAACAUUCCUUUUCUGCUGAAGCAUAGGUAGCAGCGCGUGGGGACACUGCUUGAGUGGAAUGACCAUCCGAUAGCCAAAACACGUCAAGCCGAUUUUUUUAUCUGAAUAAUUUAUUUCCAGUUGAUGGUCAUAACGUUUUAAUGUCCCGGACCUUCCUAUCCACUACUGGACGAUGAAGCAGGAAAUGCGUUUGAAGGUAAGACUGUUCGUGACGGUUUUGGAAGAUUGUCGAGGCACCUGACUGCUUGUCUCGAGUAUUGGUGUUGUGGUGAUUCAGCCAUGAUGUUCUACCACCAAACACAGUAUCGUUAUUAAAGACUUCUCAGAUAUUUGUGAGAAAUCUACUUUUGAAAAGUCAGUUGGCAAGCAUAUGUAUUCAGUAACUCAUAAUCAGUCCAAUAAAUUUGCAUGAGCAAUAAACUUUUUAAAUUGCGGACAUGAUAUAAAUGUGUCUCAGGGGCAGAGUUAGUCAGACUCCAUGUUACCACACCGCCCGCAUGACGGAGUCAGCGUGUUGCGAGCAGUGGAGUUGGGGUGGGGGGGUGGGAGGAGAAGGGUUUCAGUCAUGUCCCACUGUUUGACUUUGCUUCCAGGUACAGAAGUUGCGCCGGGCGAAAAUUGAGUUCAUUCCUUCGGGACGUAGUUUGAUCGUGUGAGGAAGAAACCAAUUAUCCCAGCUUGCCGACUGCGUCUUUGAUGCGCACCUGCCUUUAAUCUUGUGAAUGCAGGUGUAACUGUCGGAUCUAGAAAAAAGAUAAGACUGGAACUCUGGUGAUAACGCAGUCAGAUGGGGUAGAGGACAGCGUACGGUCAUAUCUAGAUUUCUGUCGCUGUCCGAUACUUGGGUAGUAUUACCCCCCUAAUUUCAUUGGUUUACUUGCCGCUUUGCUGAAAAUCCUAUCAGCGGAGUCCGUUAGAUGAUUAAAAUCUGCAAAAGCGGAACACGCGUCUCGGGUGUUUCAUCAACGAUCGCUUCUUCUAACCUACAAUAAACACCUGUGACUUAGGAGUUUGCAUCUUUUCCGGAAAAGGGACAACUCGCAAGUUGUUCCCGAAAUUAUUAACUUGAACUGAGAUGACAGACGGAGCCCUAGUGACACCUAUAUAAACGCGAAAUCGUGCGUUGCAUGUGGGGAGCCGAAGAUCUGAUUUUACGCCUAGGUCGACGAUGCAGGUGUAAGAGAAAUCUGUAGGUCUGCGAACGGAAAUUUUCCUAAAUGAAUUUACCAACGAGAAAAGCGAAUUGUCUUUCGUAGGACUACGAUCGGCGAGUACAAAGAAUUUGUCUAUGACUGCCUGUCGUUAUUAAAUAUCGGUCAGGUCAGCGCUAUCGCGAUAUUUGAGGCAUCCAAGAAUGACGUUUUCUAUACAGGACUGCUGUUAUUUCUCACAAACCAAGGCAAGGCCACUGAAUUUUCUUCACGCUACCCAGCACGCUUUCCAGAAAAUAUUAAGUCAUUGUGAGACAUCCUUUACUCUGAUAAAAGUAAUUUUUGCAUUUCUUCAUCUGGAUUAUGCAGAAAAUAGGGAGAGUAAAGUUCAAGUGCACUAAAACCACUGACAAAAUCAUAGGACGAUCAGUCACAACCACAUGACGUAGGAUCUGAGCGAGAACUCAUUGAACUCCGAGCAAAAUCUAAAAAUAGGCUUUCUCGUAAAAAUAAACAUUUUUGAAAAGCGCGAUAUUUACGUCGUCACUUGGACCAACCCUCGCCGAUGUUUUUAUGGGUUACCUAGAAGAUAAGGUGUCCUCAGAAUUAAACAUGACAACAUUAUACAGGAGAUACGUGGAUGAUAUAUUCACGAUUGUUGAUAACAAGGAAGAGGCCUCCGACCUACUUUGCCUGAUGAAUAAUCUGCAUCCUAAAAUAAAAUUUACGAUGGAAAUGGAACAGUUAAACAAGUUACCUUUCCUGGACGUCCUCAUGUUUAGAGAGGAUGAUGCUUCAAUAAGACGCUCCGUCUUCCACAAGACUACGUGGAAAGGGCAAUACCUACAUUUCAAAAGCUUUGCUCCAAUACAAUGGAAGCGUAAUCUAGUACAUACUCUUUUUCAAAGAGCGAGAAAUAUUUGCUCCAAGGAGACCAUAGAUACAGAAACUGCCCGUAUCAAAGAAGCCUUACUUAAUCGUGGUUAUCCUGCACGCUUCAUUCAGAAGUACAGCAACCAUUUACGGCCAAAGUUGACGGAACAGUCCGUUCCGAAGAAGCCCGUUAUAAUAUGUCUACCUUUUAAGGGUGACAACGUAUCAAACACAAUCAAGCGACGCUUGCGAUGCACUAUAGAAAGAACGUACAACGCAGCAGAGCUUAUCUUCAUCAGUUCCACAAAAAGCCUUCCAAUUAACCGGGCAAAGGAUGCCUUGCCAAUGCACGCCACCCCCAAUUGUGUGUAUGAAUUCACAUGCACUUGCGGAUGCAAGUACAUUGGGCGAACGCAAAGGCAAUUGGCGACCAGGGCCGCUGAGCAUUUGCCUAAUUGGCUUUUCAAACAGGAAAAUAGAACCCCCCGUUCGUCUAUAACGAAACACCUGUUAGAUAGCGGUCAUGUUGUCGACCCUAAAGCAUCCUUUCGAGUACUUGUCCGGGCACGUACAACUCGAACCUUGCGUUAUUUGGAAGCAGCCUACAUACGGAGGGAGAAACCAGACCUGUGUACGCAGUUAGAUCAUGUGAUCAAUCUGCAAUUGCCCUGGUAAUCUCACGCCUCUAUUUUCCUCUGACUGUGAUUUGUUGUUAACAUUUCGUCUUCCUUUUUUCCUUUUUGAUGCUUAUGUGGACGUCUUAGCUGAUUAUUGAUUAUUUUGAACUUUGACCUUGCUCCUAUGCACUGCCAUUCUGUACAAAUUCAUACUGCUGUGCGCGUUCAUUCGUUACCUAUGUUAUGCAGAGACGGGUUGCAGUUGAAAAGCCGUCACGAAAUUUGUUGGCCCCAAUAAAUUCUGCUUUACAUGCUUGUUUUCAAUUCAUACCGGGGAAAAAAUGCUUCAGAUUAUUAUUAGCGCAUUUGAAUGGAUCUGUAACUUCGCGUACUCUCCUUUCCGAGGGCAAAUUUCUGGCCGAGUAAAGAAAGUGUAUGAACAUUAUGCAAUAAACCACACUAGAGCUUUAACUUCGGCUACGACAACAGCUCAGUUAUUGGCCAGAGAAGAUAAUUAGGUUAGUGAUGACCGAUCCAAUGCCUACCGUGGCAUAAUGCCGUAUGAAAUGGAACAUUAAAGGAAAUUCUGAAACGUGAGUUCGGUCAGAAUGGACUGCAUAUGUGAAAUCCUACAUCAUUUACUGCACAGAAUAAUCCCAAGGUAUUUCGUUCACAUCAGAAUGCCGGUUUUUAAGUGCGGGUCGUUCCUACCGAGUGCAAAAGUCACACUUACAAUAUAAGGCCAGGACAAUUAGUAUGCUCCACAGUGAUUUUCGACUCCCCUACUAAUCAGAACAUGUGCUCUAGAAGGCAUGCAUAAAAAUAUUCUUUUUUUCACUCAUUUUGUAAAAAACUUCUAAGCAUAGGAAAAGUUUUCUUCCAAUUUUAACAAAUCAUCAACCCUAUAAUUCCCCCUUAACUUUAGACGUCGUUACACUUGAGUUUGGGGUUUCCAAAACGCACAAUGUGCAGCCUCCUUGUUAGAAAAACUGUGCAUUUCAUUAUGUUGUUAAAAAGGAACCAUCUAGCGCCAUUAGGACUUUACAAUGCAUAUAGGCCACCCUGCAUGCUUAUUAAGAAGCAUUCAUAAACGGUUAGAUACAGUGCGUUUCGAACAGGCAUUUCGCGGUUUUUUAAAAUCUCAUGAUUACAAAGGGUUUGCAACUGAAUGAUGCACUUUUUUCAAUUGGAAACAUGCCGUAAAAUGAGUGCAGUAAGGGUAUUUUUACGCAUGCCUUUUGUAAAAUCCUUCUGUAUUCGUAAAGGUAUCACAAAUCAAUGGGAAAAUGUGAUACCACCUUAUUAUUUAUUUUGGUGACUAGGGUCUUUGUACGUGACCGGAUAAAUGAGCAUUAAAGAACUGGCAUCAGGACACGGUGAAAAUAUACUGGCAGGAAAAUCAACAUCACGAUUUUCAUAGGUAAUCCUUCCUAACCGACAGCAUAUUUCAGUAUUUUAAUUAAUCUUUCAUGAGAGGCUUACUUCAGAAGCCAGAAAGAAGCUGUUUUCCUAAGUAGGAGAAUAAUUAACCAUUCUAUUUAACGCCUCCCGCCUGACGGAGUUUUGUCUUGUUGGAAUUGAGCGCUUAGUACCGCAACCCUAUUUCAAGGUCAAACUAUUUCCUCUGACUCCUGAUCUUGCCUCGUGUAUUCUUCUGGAAUGGGUGUGCUGGUGAGCGAGCUAUCAUGUUCAAAUCUAUUUCCGCGAGAAGUAUCGAAAAUCGUUAUUUUUACUCGUUUAGGAGCAUAUGGAAGUUGUCAUCGACAAGCGUAAUCCGAACUUUUAAUGUCGCUUCGUCUUAUUAGGGCUACGCUAGAAAACGCCAUUUGCAUACGAAUUCAAACGCGAUCAGAAACUGCCCAAAAUCUGUAUACAGAAUAUUUGGAAAUCGCUGGUAUGUUUUCAGGUUAGGAAAACAUUGUUGUCCUCAAACAGGCGUUCAACUUUGAACUAUACGCGUGUUGCUGUCUUCAUUUCCACCUGUUCCUUACUCUGAGGGCUUAACAAAGAUUCCACGUGGUUUUCGAAACUAAACCUUAUGUGAUGUACUUUACUAAGUACCACUUGAUUAACUACUUCCAAUAGGUAGUUUGAAAUAUGUUGGCUUUUCUUUCAGAACUUUGAUUCAACCCCUAAGAAAAUCGUCCGACACUCUUACGACUUCCCGACGAAACGUAUUCUCCUCAUGCGAAACUCCAAAGAUAGACAUGCCGGAGGUAGGUCAAUGGCUACUGUCUUUCGGAAAAUAUUUUCAGGUGCACUUAGGAAAUGGGAAAUUCUGAAUGUUUCGACUGCAAACAAAAAUUUCGAAAUGCGUUCUCGUUUCGGAAAGAUAAAUUAAGUAAUGUUGUAAAGCUAAUCAUGAUGCAGCAUAAAUCUAUAAUGAUCCAGUUACUUCAGGGUGUCGGCUUUCGAAAGAAUAUAUUUUCGGCUGCAUGCAAUAUCUCUACUCUGCAAAAAAUGACUACUUAAGUAGCAUUCAAUUUUCUCAUUGAUUUUUGAUGCCCUUUAAAAUUCACUUAUAUUUCAUGAAAAACAUGCAUAAAAAUAUUCAUUUUUUACUUAUUUGGUAGAAAAUCACGUCUUCUUCUAAUUUCAUACUCAAAAGAAGAAUAUAAUUCGGUUUUAAGAAAGUUUCUAAUUGUGAGAUUUUUUAAUACCGUUAAAUGGCCGUUCAUGAAACGUCAUGUAUCUGCAUUUACGAAUGUCGCUUGUAAAGUUAACAAUAUUGCUCAAAUCCACUGCUUAAUUUUAUGAACCUCAUAUUGUCACCUCUUAACAUCUUAUUCGGUAGAAAAUCACGUCCUCUUCCGAUUUAAUACUCAAAAGAAGAGUAUAAUUCAGUUUUAAAAAACUUUUCUAAUUCCCGAAUAAUUUUGAACCCGACCUGUUGUUACACCUGCAUUCAAGGUUUCAAAACUACACGCUGUAUCUUUUCCGUGUACGGAAAACCAUGCAUUUCUCUACGGUGUUAAGAGGAGAUCAUAUGAGGUUCAUAAAAUUAAGCAGUGGAUUUGAGCAAUAUUGUUAACUUUACAAGCCACAUUCGUAAAUGCAGAUACAUGACGUUUCAUGAACGGCCAUUAAACGCUAUUAAAAAAUCUCACAAUUAGAAACUUUUUUAAAACCGAAUUCUAUUUUCUACCAAAUCAGUAAAAAAGUAAAUAUUUUUAUGCAUGUUUUCCAUGAAGUAUAAUUGAAUUUUCAGGGGCAUCGAAAAUCAAUGCGAAAAUUAUAUGCUACUUAAGUAGUCAUUUUUUACAGAGUAAAGAUAUUGCAUGCAGCCGAAAAUAAGUUCUUUCGAAAGCCGACACCCUGGGGUAACUGGAUCAUUAUAGAUUUAUGCUGCAUCAUGAUCAGUUUUACAGCAGUACUUAAUUUAUCUUUCCGAAACGAGAACGCAUUUCGAAAUUUUUGUUGACAUUUCAUGAGUUAGCACAUCUUCUGUAUGCAUGACUGACAGGACUCAUUACCUUUGAAUCAGUUCAAAUUUUAACGUUUUGUUAAUUAUGCAGUUGAGUUGAGCAUCCUGGUUUCAAGGUUAGAAUGAAUCUUCCUUGUGCUGAUCUUGCUAACUAUGCAGCUAUCGAUCGGUCAGUGUUCAAUGGUAGACUUUUAAAUUAUGCAUUUCAAGUAUUCCCGGUAGCAAUUUGCUUGCCUUUGUACAGUUCUCGCGCCUAGGUUAAGCAGUAAAUACAACUAAGUCAUUAAUAGAGGACAAAUUAAAGUUUCCUAUCCUGAUGAUAAGGAAAACACCCAGUAUUCGCGCAUAAGACUCGGUAGCUGAAUUGCAGAAGUGGAGAAGAACUAAAGGAGAAAUAAACCAGGAUUGGUAAAUCCUUGUUUUUACCGGAAAUUGUUGUUGCUCCAUUCAUUAUGCACGGCAUAUCACGUCGACCACCUAGAACUCGGGGCAUUAGUUUCACAAUUCCAUAUUCUACUGAUUUGCUUCCAAGUCAGAUCUUUGGGCACACGACUGUGGAUUUCACUCUCAAAUGAUUUUGUUUUUUAUUUUCAGGCAAUGGAUUUGGAAUCAAAAUCGCCGGCGGUAGAAAGCGGACUGAUGGUCAUUUGGGAAGCUUCGUGGAUCAAGUAAUCUCAGGGGAGACGCUCAGCUAUUUGCACGGCGAAAUAUCCGAAGGUACUUAGAACCCCUUUCUCUCUGACUUUGUCAACUAAAGCCUUUUAGAGGCAUUCUUUAAUCUCCAACUGUCAUGCGCUAGCGGCCCGUCCGAAGUAAACAGCUUGGCAUCAUGAGUCGCCAAGUGUGCAUUCAAGAGCGUGAACGAGAGAGAGACAAAUGCGCUUUGUCUUGAAAGUAUUUUCCAAAAUUUUCACGAAAAACACCCUCCUCUUGGCAUGGCCAAGCAUGAAUACGCAAAAUAAAUAGCACUGGAAAAUUACGAAGACGAUAUAGCAACUUCAAUCUGCAGCUGUCGGUAUCGCUGGCAAUCGUCAGUGGACGCAGUGCAAAUUUUACGCCAGACCUUCUUCGAAACGGCACUAGCAUUAUGCUUAUGUGACCUUGAAAUUGUAACUCAAACAAACAAAAAGAUAAAACUCAAUAUAUAGCAAGUAAAAGAGGUCAACUGAUGUACAACUAUGACAAAGUUUACUUGAAUGGAGGACUAGAAAAAGUGUGGCGGCUCAAAUUCAAAAGCCUGCCUGGUAGCAAAAACACUAAUCGAUUCUCAACUGUUAAAUGCAAUCCAACCAUCCACGAGGGGUCUACAACAGAGUUCUAAAUCAUAUUGGAACGUCCGUUUUACCUUCUGCGGCCAGGGAUAAUUAGUGAGCGCUACUUCCAAGUUAAGGUAAUUUGGCACUUGCGCAACAAGGCAUAUGGAAUUACUAAUACUAGGGAAAAUGACGUUUUGGGAUACUUUCCGCGCUUGGACAGGUUCGUGUUGUAAAUAGACGAACAUAGUGACUAAUACUUAGCAAAAUGUAAUCAAUCUCUCACAUUUAUUGAAACGGUUUCAGUAAUUACUUGUGUUUUAUUAACUUGCUACGUCCACUGCAACUUUCCUAGUGAUGACGGAUCAGCUUGGCAAUUUUUUUCUGGCGAACAUACCCUAUUGGUCGAUAAUGGGUGCCAGCGAACAGAUUUGGUAUCCUAGGAUAUUCGAAUGGCGUUCAUAGCAAUCCUUAAAGUCUUGCAAACUAUCUAAUAUCGUGCGCGUUUAAUAAAGUGUUAAACAAACUUUCACAGAUGUUCCUAAUAUAUCAUCGUAAGGAAUAAGAGUUUAAUCGUCCCCACAAAACACGAGGCGAGACAGAACAAACGCAACAAUGAUCUCCAAUCGGAGGCGAUUUCGGGUUGAUCAAGGACUCGCUGAUCGCGUCCCCGACUCCUUUUUUCACUAACACCCCACUGUUUUUCUCGAACGGUACAUGUUUGUUUCGCUACGAAUUAUUGGGAAAUUUUAUGCUCCAAGGGCCGCUAGUCGGUAGAUAAACGCUUAUCGCCCUCCUGAUUGGUUGACCUUAGUGUUAUUUGUGCUUUGCAGUUCAAAUGAACUGGCUGAUCCACAGACCUUUACAUCAAGGCUCAACCUCGUGUCUGGCAGGAGAAAGAGGCAGUGAGCACAUCUCAAUAUUAUUCAAAUAGACGAUUCCCAACUCACGGGUUCCCAAGCUUUAACAUUUAAUUACGAAUAAGAAUAAACUUUAAUCUGUGGAUUCCUUCAGCGAGACAUAAAUUACAAAUUUCUCCUCAAUGAAUAAAAAGCUCCACUGGUAUACGGUUAGGUGCAAGUGUUCGAUAGUGAAGAAGAAAAAACGUGGAUUCACUUGUAUUCCAUCCUAUGAUCAGCGUACAUUGGUCAACACAAUUUUUGAAGCCUAACCUGGGCAGGCACAGGGCAGAGAUUAGUGGCAUCAAGAAAUGUUAGUCUCCAGUCGCGUAAUCUACGCGUUGUAUUAAAAAUUCUGUCGCCUGUGUUGCAGCUGCCCCGGAUUUGAACUGGGAUGAGAAUUGCUCACGGCACGUGUUAGCCAGGUUACGAGACCGCGUGAAAUCAAAAUAUUGACGGGCGCGCUGCAGGCCCCCACCGAAAUCCGAACUUCUCUUACAGUUUUCGGGAACUACAGUGAGUGAUCGAUCGCAUAAAAUGUUGCCUGAAAUUCUGAAAUGCGAUUCCUAUCAGGAAGAAGUACUUAUUCGUGGUUAUAAUACUGAUUACCCUGCAGCAUAAUCCUAUAAUAUCGCUGACUCGGCAGGAUGUCGGUUUUUGAAUGCACUGCUUUUCAAUCUCCUGUAGAGACCCUACGCGGUAAGAAAUGACUGCUAAAUUAGCGUGCAUUUUUCCACAUUGAUUUUCGAUGGUCUUGCAAAUUCAAACAUAUAUUAUGGCAACUGCGAACAGAAAUAUGUGUUCUUUUAGAAGUUUGAAAGCAAAUUACGUCAUCUUUAUAUUUGACAGUCGAAACAGGAGUACAUUUAGGUUUUUAAAAGUUUUUAUGAGAUUUUUAAGACCAUGUAAUGCCCAUUCAUACAUCAUUCUACUUGUCCUUUUACCACUGCUCCUCGUAAAACAUACAGCAUAGUCCGCUUCCAUUGCAAAAUUUUAUGGACUCUUUAUGAUAUCUUUAUAAUGGCAUAGAAAAAUAUGUGAUUUUCUUUACGCGGAACGCAUAAACCUUGUAGACUGAAAUCAGUAAGCGCUAAUGCAACGACUGAUUGGGCUCAGAAUUAUUCGGGAAUUGGAAAACUUUUUUUAAAACCUAAAUAUACUCCUGCUUCGACUACCAAAUAUAAAGACGACGUAAUUUGCUAUCAAACGUCUAAAAGAGCACAUAUUUCUGUUCGCAGUUGCCAUAAUAUAUGUUUGAAUGUGCAAGACCAUCGAAAAUCAAUGUGGAAAAAUGCACGCUACUUAAGUAGUCAUUUCUUACCGAGUAGGGUCUCUACAGGGGAUUGAAAAGCAGUGCAUUCAAAAACCGACAUCUUGCCGAGUCAGAGAUAUUAUAGGAUUAUGCUGCAGGGUAACCAGUAUUAUAACCGCGACUAAGUAAUCCUUCCUAAUAGGAAUCGCACUUCAGAAUUUCAGCCAACAUUCCAUGCGAUCAGUCACUCACUGUAGAUUUUUUAUGGCACGUGUAAACUUGUGUCCGAGACCAACUCCGGUCAUCCUUGCACCCUCUUGCCCACUCUCAGUCGGACAGGUGAUGGGAGAGUGUGACGGUUGUCGCCUAAUUCACCCGCAAGUCGUCAGUGCUGCGUCCAACUCGUUUGCCAUGCGGUGGACCUCAUCGCUUGCGACUGCCGAACUGUCGACAAUAAUUCCGCUCGUAUGUCGGCGCGUUUUUCGUAACAAAACGCAGGAGACUAGAACGAUCCGGACAGUGUCAAAUUUAAAUCCGGAUUCGUGGAUACGUGUUAUGAAGUAUUUGUUAAAAUGCUAAAGUAAACCUAAGUUCAGAUUUUGGAUCUAUCCGGUCUGGAUCUAGGCCGCAGGCAGUCGACAAGGGUAACGGAGCCCACGAUGCCCCCUGUACGUUCUACAAUUACGUCGGUAGAACAUCUCAAUUACCACUCGUCUCGGACGCUGGACAGGUUAAAGAUUACAUGCCUGCUGUCCGUCUUGUAUACAUAGCAGCGCUGUUAAACUCUCUAAUUUAACAGUCUAAGUAAUACGCAAUUGCCGUACGCAGUUGAAUAAGUGGUCACGAAACGUUUUGCGUCAUUAAGUCCACCACGUUUCGUCGUCAUUGCUCUGGUUAAGACAAAGAUUGCUCGCAAGAUGUCAUCAAAUUGACUUUUUUCUUGAAAAAUUGAACUUUCCUUGCUAAUAUGAGUCCACGUUCUACACAAAGGUGACGAAAUCAUUGAGUGGAAUGGUACUGUCCUGAUCGACAAGGAGGCCGCAGAAGUUCAAGCCAUUGUCAACACACCGGCCGACGAAGCUGAACUGCUGGUUCGCAGGUUAGCCGCCAUACUUCUGCCCCUCUCCUAACCCUCACGUACUUGUUUUCUGCGUAAAUGCCGAUGACGGUGAUGAUGAUGAUGAUGAUGAUGAUGAUGAUGAUGAUGAUCAUGCCAAUCUAUCGAGUUUUUCACAAUUAAAUUAAAAAAAUUAUUUAAAUCAGCUAAAAGUACCCAGACCAGCUUAUAUUAAUCUGUUUUCCUGUGCAUGUUCACCACUAGAGGCUCAUAGUUCCUUUUACGCAUUUGCGCAUUAUCGUUGCUAAUGCUUUUCAGUGGCUAUUGUUUGACAGUUUGAAAUAGCCACGACGAAUUUUCAAACAUCCAUGCGACCCGUUUUACUAGACUUUCCACAUGCUGCAGAUUUUAUUGGUUAAGUGAAAAGUGCUGUUUUAAAAAUGCAUGUGAGAAACUUGCGGCCUGUAGCCCCCCCCCCCCGUUUCGGGAAGGCCGCCGAAAUCAUGGGUGUGUGUGUGUGAGUCAGUUUCCUCCCUGCAACGAGCUACGCGGAAGCUGCGCUGGACCAACAUGGGGGGGCCCGAUUGAGGUACGACACGCGGCAACAUCCCAUUUCGUAGUCGUACCUGUUAGGCGUUAAGAUUAGGGGGUAAAGAUUGGGGAUUAGGGGUUAAGCUUAGGGGGUGGGGUUAGGGGUUAGGCUGACUUGCCUACUGCAGGUAUGGCUGCGAAAUGAGAUCCGACAAGACACGCAGUACUGGCCGUGCACCCAUAAGAAGUGCUAUGCAUAAAGAGGUUUGGCGGCACGCCUAGGUGCGAGUCUACGCCAUCCCAGUCACCUGUGGCUGAUUCCACCUCCGGUCUCCUUGACUUUGCCAUAACACCGGGCGCAGUUGGGUGUGGUGGAGAGGGCGCGGCGGGUGCUGUGCAAGUCACUUGUCACUAUAAACUGCGCCGGUCAGUAUUGGCACACAGUUAUAGUUGAGAAUGAAAAUCUGACCUAGAGGGUCGUGCAAUUCACUUUUUACUCCCUCCGAGCUGCGUGUUCAGUAGUUUCAAAAACUUCUAUGCCCCAAGUCGUCGACCUCUCAUGUUCCGGCAUUUGCCAUCAUCUUCAUCAGCUCUGUAAGUUAGUAAUAAUAUUCAGGAGGAGUGUCGAUAAAGUCAGUAGACACUGAGAGGACCGUAGCCAACUGAUUGAACCUAACUCCGGAUUUGGACAAACUGAGAUUCAAAUCCGAAAUUUGGCUCACUGAACGCUAAGCAGUACGAGACUCUACCAGUGGGCCACUGAUCUCUUGCUCUGUCUGUUUUGCGGAGAGUGUUCAGUGGCCAGGUUAUGGGAGGUUCGUCCCGUUGCACCUAGAAGAAGUAAAGUGCAGGUUGUUCAAACCUGAGGUUGGGUGUGGCAGGUAGACAACGGCGAAUAAACCAGAAAUGGUCACCCCUCGCUUUUUGUCUGUAUCACUUCUAUAGUACACGACUCCCUGGGAAAACUCUAGAUGGGGCCCCAAGACAAAGUGAAACAAGCGGCUGUCGUUACCUGAUCGCUGCUGACCCUUCACAUAAUGGUUACUAAAAAUGCAUUUAUUUGUGGCUGAAUGUGAGGGUAAUUGUCGGACCGACCUUUCAGUGAGCUCGUUCUGAUUGCGCGCCUGUGAAGAUCUCAUAACUCUCAAACAGCCUCUAAUAACUAUCACGGAUAGGAGCCAACUCAACUUAAGCUUGCACUCGGAAACACUGACUGCAAACCGCUUUCUGUGGUUAGAAUUUGGACACGCAAAUCUAAGAACCAAAUUUUGGUAAAAUUAUGCACGAAAGUACUAGCAGGUACAUCGCUCAGCUGACAGAAGUGACAACGAAAACUCAGAGGGCCAGAAACUGGGUGCGGUGGGUUGACUGUGUGAGCCGUUUCAUCACAAAGCCUAUUUACUGGCUUCUAAACAGUGCUGCUUCCUGUGAUUAAGCCACGACGCUGGCUGUCCCAAUCAAAUGACCGGCAGAACGUUCAAAAAUGAGACUCUCCCUUCUAAGCCGUGAUCAAGUUCAACUGUUCAGACUGAGAUUGCUGAACAAGCCUGGGUUUGUCUACCGGUUGCCAGAAGUAUCUUUCAGGGCCAGAUGCAAUGACUGAUUCAUGGUUUUACUAGGCUGAAGAGGAUUGAGGCCGGCUACAAGAUCUCAUAACUCUUAAGCAGCCUCUAAUAUCCAUCAGGGAUAGGAGCCAACUCAACUUAAGCUUGCACUCGGGAACACUGACUGCAAGGCGGUUUCUGUGGUUAGAUUUUGGACACGCAAAUCUAAGAACCAAAUUUUGGUAAAAUUAUGCACGAACGUACUAGCAGGUACAUCGCUCAGCUGACAGACCUGACUGCGAGAACUCAGAGAGCCAGAAGUAUCUUUCAGGGCCAGAUGCAAGGACUGAUUCAUGGUUUUACUAGGCUGACGCGGAUUGAAGCCGGCUAGAAGAAUCCGAAAAACGGAUCGGACGGCAACAGCAAUAGUAGAGUAAAAAGCACAUUCCAACAUGUUGGAACUCCCGUCUUUGCGUCUAGGACUUAAAAUUGACUGUUACUUCCACGCUUUAGCCUUAUGAUAACAGCGAUUCGGAAUUAAAUCCAAAUUUACCUUUCGCACCAAAAAAAUAUGAUUAUUCUGUUUUAAAUCUAACUUUGGUGUUUUAGUAACCCUACUCCCUCCGAGUCCUCGUUCGUGCGCCGAUACCCUCAGGAGUUUCCUCUGCACACCUGUCCCCACAAAAGCCCCUGUGGUGAGUUGUGUCCACAUUUUGUACCCUCUCCUCCAGGGUAGUAGAGCUUUUCAAUUUUUUUUAAAAAGUACUCUGUUAUAUGACUUUUUUUUCUUCUACGUCCGGAAAGUCUGUCGAUGGCAAAACCGGCAACAUCAACAUCCACAACAGAAGCAUAAAUUUUCCAAUCAACGGGCGCGGGCAGAAAUUGCGUUUGUCCGAGUUCUUGGACUGCCAUGAAAAUUCAGUCCCAGGGGGCAUUGGAAAACAAUGUUAGAAGUGGGCAGAAUCUGGUGGCUUAUCCGACCAAUCGGUGGUUUAUAUCGCCUGCUUGGAAAUGCCCUAGCAGAAUGCCGUACCCGGGUGGGGAAGGGGGGGGGAGUGGGAGAAUGAGUUAUACCGUUUUAUCGAGGUCUCGUCAGGCCCCAAGAUGACAAGUUUUCAGUUGGUUGUGUCGACGACUGGCAUCAGGGCAUUCAGGCUAGCGACCUUGAAGUGACAACCCACUUUGGGACGUGCAAAGACGGCCUACGAAGACCUCCAAGCGAACCGUCGGAAGUAAUCCGGCCUUUCUCCCUCUCUCUCUCUCUCUCUCUAACAUUUCUCGAUUUCCACGCUGGAAGGUUAUUGCCAUUUCAGUUGAAACGGAGUCCACUUCAUUGUUUUACUUUACCCGCACAUUUUAAAGGGACUGAAUUGCACUGUUGAAUCACGGCGGUUGGGAAUUCUUGAUAGAACUGCACGUCUGCCUGAGAAUUAAGACGUAACGUCACGUUACUGGUUUCCUCUAGCUUGAAUCUGUACGCUCUCACUUUCUUAUACCUAAAACCUCAGAGCCUCUGACUUUAGUCUGAUUUGUCAUUGAAAAGAUGUCUGCAAUAUUUGAUGAAAAUUAUCCCGCCUAAUAUUGACAAUCAGAUAAAAAGCCUAUUUCGGUGUUCUUUUUGCAUCUCCUCCUUGACUGCAUUAUAAUACUGGAAAUUGUUUUUAGUAUUGCAACCUAUGGAGACGUGCCUGUCUGGAAACAGACUACUGGGUCCUUUGUUUAACGAAAUAACGGUAUAGCAAGUCUGCCUCCAAUGCAGAUUAUCAAUCCUUCAUUCUCAUGACUGGCAAAUCAACCUUACUGUUCUGUCUAACGAGCAGUCCACUGGAUUCAAAUCGAAAACCCCCGGGUGCAAUGAGCAAUGUGUCUACAAGUUCAAGUGGACCGCAGUAGUUUUAUUACUGCAGAUUGCGUUUCUCGUUAGGCGCACUUUAAAUUUUUGUCAAAAUAUUUAUAGCUACUGAAGACGUUUCUGCACAUUAACGCCUUCUACAAGUGUCCGUUUCUAUUGCCAAAAUUAGUCCACGGGGACAUCAGUGAACUCAGUCGAUGUCAUUUUCUGUCCCCUAUAAGCCGCACCGAUGGCAUCUGCAUCUCCCUCGGCGUUUGCUCUAUGCGUGUAAACUGCAACAGUUUGAACAGUUUUUGAUGCUGAAAUUGCAUUUCAUGAUCCUCCUAUCGCGUGAUCUUGUUUUGGCGUAUAGGCGCUAACAGUUACAGCCCGCGCCCUGCAGCCUUAAGGUCUGACCAACCCCUGGACGGACGCUUGCAGUGAAAUUUUCAAUGCGUGCGGCAAAAAGUCUUUUAUCGUGUCCCCUUCGUAUGGGCGGGAGAAAACAUGAGACUACUGGUAGACUCCUGACGAUUGCAGAAAUUCCUCUCGUCUGUGUAUCGCUAAAGUACUCACACACUGUGCCAAAAUACUAACCAUACUUUGAAGUAAAUUAUCGUUACUUUAACGGCACGCUAACACCAGUCAAGUAAAUUGUCGGUUUCCAAAAAGGACUUUAUGUAGGUCUGCGCAUUCCUUUGAAACUCAACAACCACAAAAACAGAGCUUUUGCAUGCUAAAAGCACUGGUUUCGUAAUGUUGUUGGCAUAAGACGAUCCGGAUGUUGCCUUAAGAUCAGAAGAUAGGCAGAAGGAUCCCUUUGCGUUAAGGGAAAAUUGUUUUCGAACUAGAAGAGAGAGCGUGUCCUGCGUGAAGCAUCACAAAAGCAGCUCAGAUCUUAGUGGGCCCUGUGGUACAUUGGAGGAGAACCGUGUCUUGAUGUGGCCUUCUGUCCCCCUUGAUCUUCACAUAAAUCCGCGUAGCAGACAAAGUUGCCUACAGACGUCACAGGUGGCUGCUGAUAACGCAUUCCAUUUUUGAGGUUUGAACUGUCGCGAGCAUCACGGAGUGAGUGCGGCAUCGGUGCGUUGGUUUAUGGUAAGGCAGACUUGGGCAGUAUGUACCACACCUUCUCUUUCCUCACCCAGCCAGGUAUGGUGUGGUUAUGUAGCCCCACUUAAUGGACACAAUACUGUUGGGGUUAGGGUUAGGGGCUGGAGGUUAGGGAUAGAAGUUAGAGUUUGGGUUAGGCUUAGAGUUUAAGGCUGGUAUUAGGGGUUAAGGCAACUAUUUCUCAAUCAUUCAAAGUACAACUGCGCAUUCCCAAUAGCUUUUCUUUUGCAUACAACUACUUGACCUCAUCGCCUGUGCGUUCCCCGGUCCCACCUGUAAAAACCUCUACUAUGACCGGUCCCGUAUUAGAGGUAGCUGAGGUUUGUUUACUUCAGAUAGGGCUACAUAACUACAUCCGGUCCCCACCCAGCCCAGAUGUCAAGGCAGGGAACGCAGUGGCUGACAAAGCUAAAGAAACCAUGUACGUGUGUCCCGCACAAAUUGGUUCCUGCUCCACGUUCAUCGGACUGCACUUUCUGAGAGGUCGAGGAUCUCUCGCAGGUAGGAAUAAGAUAGGGAGGGGGUUUUUAAGAAGGAGCCAUUGCGGCCAGACUUCCCGUCCUGAGAAAGAGUGCGUUAUGUCGUGUGUUGACAGCCUUCCAAACCCCAACUCUUGACGCUUCGUGAUAGAUUUAAACGUGUUGGUUCUGCCAUGCCGUUGGGGUUGUAUUCCGCAGUGACGACCUUACUCUUUCCGCUCUCAAGCACAGUAGAUGUGCUAACUCAUGAAAUGUUAACCGACAUUUUGAAAUGCAUUUGCGACUCGAAAUGAUUACUUAAGUAGGAUUGUAAGUGUAACCACCGCGCAGCACAAUCUCAAAAUAGUUUAGUUACCACAGCAUACCGGCUUUUGAACGAACUUGCUUUCGGCCGCCUGCAAAAACUACACUCUGCAAACUGACUACUUAAGCAGUAUGCGUUUAUUCACUGAUUUUCAAUUCCCCUAUAAAUUCAAAUAUAUUUCAUAUAAACAUUCAUUCUUUACUAAUUAGGUAGAAAAUUACGUCUUCUUCGAAUUUUCUAUUUGAACUAAGGUCGUAAUUCGAUUUUAAAAACCUUUUCCAAUUUCCGAAUAAUUUGGAACCCCACCUGCCGUUACACUUGCAUUUGGGGUUUCUAACCUGCGAAAUGUACAUUUUUUGUGUACGGAAAGUCAUGCAUUUCUUUACAGUAUUAAGUGAAGGCCAUAUGCGGUUCAUAAAAUCUUGCAAAGAAUGUGAGCCAUAUUCUAAAAUUUAUAAGCAACAUUAGCAAAUGCACAGACACGAUGUUUUAUGAACAGGCAUUUCGCAGUCUUAAAAAAUCUCAUAAUUAUAAACUUUUCAAAACCGAAUUAUACCCUUUCUUCAAGCAUACAGUUUAAAGAAGACAUAAUUCUCCAAUAAAUGAACAAAAGAACGAAUAUUUUGUGAAAUAUUGAACAUUUCCGAGUUUAUAAGGGCCUCGAAAAUCAAUAAGAAAAAUUCGUUCUAUUUAAGUAACCAUUAUUUAUAGAGCGUAGUUUUUGCAGACGACCAGAAAUAAGUUCGUUCAAAAGCUGGCAUCCUAAAGUAACUGAAUCACUACAGAAUUAUGCUGCAUGGUGAUUAAUAUUACAACCCUACUUAAUAAUAUUUCCGGGUCAAAAACGCACUUCAGAAUCUUGGUUAACAUUUUAUGAGUUAGGACAUCUACUGUGCUAGUCGACACCCCGAGCCUGUCCUCGGACGCGACUCCGCCCCUCAGCUCCACACUGCAUUUAGGGGAUGUCACGGCUUUCACACAAAUGAUCAUGUCACGAGGGCCGCAUUAAGAAGGGCAGGUUGCAGUCCAAUCGUCCUUUUAAAAGAAGGACGGAAUCACCCCACCAUAUUCUGGCCUUUCGUGUCGCGAAUUCGAGUUUACCAGGUUUGUUAUGAGGAGGAAUGCGUUAAGCUGCCAUGCGGAAGGUUGGCUCAGACCGCGCCGUACGCCCUCUGUCUCCUUCCAUGUAGUUUUGACUUCUGCGAUCUUUUCAGUAGUGAAAUUAGGCCGGCUGGCGGAUGUAGCGCUAACCCCGUCUAACCAAUGCCUGAGGCAUGCUCAGAGCAGUUCAACGAAAGUGUGCGAUGAGACAGUACGGUACAGUGUAAGAUCAGAACUGUACUUCUGAUCCCUAGACGGUCAACAGCCAAUCAAUUCGAACGGGCGAGUACCAGGUAGCAGCCCAGAAGACGAAGACGUGAUCGCUGAAAUAAGAAAUUUGUUGGCCUGACUUUUCGAAUUCUCACUCGAAUCCAUCAUCAGAGGCAGUCACAGAUAAGGGUAGUGGUGGCACAAGGAAAGCAGUAUUUUUAGCGCGUGGUUGCCCUGGGACCGUAUGCGCACUGCAAUUAACAAUUCUCGCAAUCACCGCUGAGGUCGUAAUUGAUGCGGUGGUGCUUGUCGGUCCGAGUCCGAGUCGUUAAUUGCCGCGAUUUCGUCAUCCGUGCUGGAUGCUGGUGUGACGAUUGCCCGGCAGACUGGCUCACUGUCACUGGGAUUACUGCUCGCCCGCGCCCUGCCUACGUGACUGAUUCCCCUGCUCAGGGAAAAUCUCGGCGCGGAAUAUGGUACCGGAGGCCAUUGCGCUUGUUGAUGGAUUGCGAGCCUGAGAACCAUGACUCGAGCACCUCGCGGCUCACGCGGUUGUCACCCCUUGCGAGGAUUUCGGCCUCUUGAAACUUGAAAAUACGGCCGGGUCUCGUCGAAUUUGCCGCGACCUGAGAGCUAGUAUCUCCCCGCCUCACUGCUGCGGCGUGUUCGACAAUUUGCGUACGGAGUAAUCUCCCAGUUUCUCCGACGUAGUUGCUUUGUCCGCAACUGCACCAGAUCCGGUAAACGAUUCUUGACGUUUCCAGCCGUGACAGUGGGUCUUUUGGCCUCAUGACUUGGCGCCUGAUGGUUGCUUCCGGCCUGUGUGCAACCCCAACUCCAAGUGGAGUGCGAAGACGACUGACGGCUUCCGAGACGUUCUUUACGUACGAAAGAGCCCGCCAAAAUUUGGGGCUAAUCAAAUCUACAAUCCUCAUGACGUAUUUUUGUCUGUCGGACCAGCUGAGCACGGGAAACGAGAGCAACCGCUUCGCCGCGCAAUUUGUAAUCCAAUACACCCGCAAGUCAUUACACAAGCUCCGGGCGCGCAGGUGGAGCGUCAGUCCAUUGCCAAUAGAAGCGAAGAGACGAGUCCCAGGAUGCAGUCCCGUGAAGCAGCCUUCUUCACAUCAGUCCAUUGUGAGUACUUUUUUGACUAAAUUUCCUUUUUUCCUCCCUCUAGCGGCUGAUGCCCAUCGACACGCCAAACUCUGCCCCUCACACAAUCAGGUGCCCUCACACAUGCACGAGGCCACGCAUUCUUGCUUCCACCAACAUCCGCACACCUGCCAACGCUCCUUCCCCCUGCACUGCGAGGUGCAUCCCUGCAUGCACAAGGCUCACAUGAGCGGUCUGCAGCAUCCAGCGCUGGGUCACGUAUGUCGCAACGACUGGCCGGACGGUGCACCCGCCUACGCAGCGGCGGCGCGUGGCGGGAAGACGACGACGACGACCAGUGUCAUUGACGAGACCCAUCGACUUCCACAGACCCAGUCGCUGCACUGCAAUCGCCUCUCCUACCCCCAGCUUUCCAGCCUCGAGAACCAGGAACCCUCGUCGCCCGCCAACAAUGGGGCCUCUUGUGUAGAGAGUGAGGCCUCUGCAUCACCGAGUAGGUCCUUGCAUACGGCAGGUUCACGUGGCAGACAGUCGGGCCGACAGAAUUUUGCAACACCCCCAUCGCCACGACCGCCGGGCACGGAGGAAACGCAGGCCAAUAAGCGGGACGCCUCAGACGGCGUCUCGCAUCAGAGUGGUAGCGGUGGAAUGACUGUGAGUAUGAAUUUCAGCACUUUAGCUUUAACUCUGACCCUUAUUAUUCUGGAAAUUAGCGCAAGGCUCCCGGAGUGGGAGGAGAGUUCCUAUUACCGUGUCUUGUCGUUCGAUCAGCCUAACUAUUUGACGUGGGACAACUUUUAAAGUCCAGUUAUUCGGAAAACAGCCAAAAUACCGGAUCAAGAACCACGGUUAUCUUGCCGCCGAAGUCACAGUCCUACCCAAACUAUUUCUUCAGGAUUAUAAGGGCUCGUUUUAGGUCGUUUAAAGUCGACUCUUUGCUUCACGGCAUUUGAUACUGUCUAAAUAGUGGGUUUCUGACUCUGCGGCAUCUUAGCACGGGACCAAUCAAUGAUCUUCUCUAAGAAGAAAUACGGGACUGUUGAUUACAUUACUUCUCCAGAUUAGCCUGCCUUAGUAUUAUAUGAGACUGAAUACUGGGAGUAAAGCUUAGGAUAACCGAAAAUAAUUACUUGUAGGGGAAAAAGGAUAGCCAGUAUCUUUUGGUUCAAUUUUACUAGUUGCAUCAUAUUCGACACACAAUAUUUACUAUUCUUAACCGGAUUUCGUUACUUUAGUCAGGUUUAUGCAAAAUAUUCGCAGGAUUAGAUGUAAAGCGGAAGCGUACGAGGAUAUUGAGACCUUAAGAUGGUCUAACGCAAACUACCUUCCCCGAAUCCGUUGUCAUUCACCCAGUUUAGUGAGUUAAUGGAAGUGGAUAGGAAGCCUCAGUUGCAAGAAUAAUCUGUUUAUUGUCCUACUGCUUCAUAUAAUCCAAGUUUUCGUCAGCAUUAAUUAAGUGGAUGAGGUUUAACUACUAAAGUAAGUGACCGAUCUCAUGAAAUGUUGGCCGAAAUUGUAAAAUUCGUUUUCAAUUAGGAAGGAUUACUUUGGUAGGGUUGUAGUAUUGACCAUCAUGCGACAUAAUCCUGUAGUAUUUCGAAUUUGACAGAAUGUGGAUUUUGAAUGCACUUCUUUUCGACCUCCUGCAGAAACCGCACUCGGUACAAAAUGAAUUCUAAAGUAGCAUGCACUUUUCACACUGAUUUUUGACGGUCUAAUGAACUCAAGUAUAUUUUAAAGAAAACAUGCACAAUAUAUGAUUUUAUUAACUCGUUUGGUAGAAAAUCAAAUUUUCUUCACAUUUAAUGCCCUAAAAAUGUUAAUCUUUGGUUUUAAAAAGUCACUAAUUAUGAGAGUUUUAAGACCGUACGAUGUCCAUACUAAAAGCAUCACCCAUGUCGGUUUGCCAAUGUUAAACAUAUUCCGUAUCCUUUGCAAAAUCCCAUGAACUCUCUAUGCUACUUAUUUAAAGGCAUGGAGUAAUUUAUGAUUUUUCUCACUCGACAUGCAUUCACCUUGUAGAAUGAAAUCGCUAAACACUAAUGCACUGACUGAUUAGGCUCGAAAUUAUGCAGGAAUUGGGAAACUUUUUUAAAACCAAAAGAUAACACUUUUUAGGUAUAAAAUGUGAAGAAACUUGGAUUUUCUACCAAACGAGUAAAUCCCUUUGCCGACUGAACCUUAGACAAGUUUCUGUUUUUACUUUUUGUCUUUUAUAAUGUUGAGCGAAAAUUCGAAUUUUGUUCAACAAUGUAAGAAAAAAUUAUGCCGCCUCAAAGACCCCAUUUUUCAACGCUGCACGUUUACGCUAGAACAAUAGAACGCUGAUUUUUGCAUCUCGUUCUUUGUUGAUUUUUCCAUUAUAAAUUUUCAAGGAACUGAUUUUCUCCAUGAAUGGCAGGAAAUUUUAGGUUUUUUAAUGGCCAUGCAACUUACGGGCCACAGUGCGCAUCAGUCAUUAGUUUACCUAGAAACAUGUGCUUGACAGUCAUUUAUCCCAAACGCCCUAAUGGGAAAUAUCGAAAAGGACUAGUAUUUUUGACACUGAAGGACCCGUGUUGCCAUGUAACUUACUGCAUGCCUUGGCAAAUCCUGGAACUUUCCAGUAACUGCGUUUGUAUCUUCUCAGUGAUUUAUUGCGUAUUUAUCUUCAUUCUAACACCAGGGUACACCUUGUCAAGCAGUUGGUUUAGCUUUUACGUAAACAAAAAAUUUAUGGGUUGAUAAGCUACGCACACACUUUGCCCAGAAAGGUAUGAGAUCAUGAUGAAAGGUUUCUAUGUCACAAACGGGAAGAAAUUUCCCCAGUAUGUUUUCAAAACCGUCGACGCACUCCCUACUCAAUUCAUCCACAAUUAGCAGACUAUCGUCAGUCAGUGAGAAUGCGAUCCAAAACGAAAUUCCACCAUGAUACUUAAUGUAUUUGUCAUUUCGCUUAUUUCAACUUCCGUACCUCCAAUGUAGAACAAUUCCGACAUUUUAAAAAGGCUUAGACCUGUACGCUUUGUAAAACGGUGUUUUCAUACAUUACAUAUCAACCAUGUACAUAUAUAAUAUGUACUAUAUAUACAUACAUAACCAAUACGCGGUUAUUCCACACUAGUUGGUUGUCUUCGACUCAAAUGUUCAUUGAAAUUUCGGGUCCGGCCAUAAAAACGUCAUGUGCUGGAGACUAAAUUCCAUGUUCAGCACUGACUAAUUUCUGAAAUUAUUCGCUUGAUUAUUCUCUGGAGUGCAUAUAUCAGAAACCGCAUAGAGAACUCUGGGGGUCCACUGGACCCUCGCGGCUGUGUCAAGCAACGACAGAAUAUCGGCGAAACACGUGUCUGGGCUUUUAACUAAUAUUUAUGUCGGCAGUACGGUGUAAUAUCUUUACCUUAUAGACAUAUGUAUGAGCAGAAUGGUAUUACCGACAAAGACAAGGGAGACUGGAAUGGCCAUUUCCGGCUUAUUAGCCGUCGUCAGGCAGCCAUACUCAAGCCCGAAGUGUGGAACUCGAGCCUCGAACUCGCAACCUGUUGGUUUAGAAGUCCACGUAUCUACCCACCGGGCCACGAGCCCGUUGCCAUGUCGGUUUUCGAUCGGGAAUAUACAAUGGUAGUGGGUGCUCACCGAUCGUUCAUACGGAACUCACUCGUUCCGUUGUGCCUUAAGGGCUCUCUCUCGAGCCCAACCAGCAGCCGAGGCUCGGGUGUUCCACACUUCGGGCUUGGGAAUGGCUGGCUGACGACGGCUAAUAAGCCAAAAAUGGCCAUCCCAGUCUCCCUUGUCUUUGUCGGUAAUACCAUUCUGCCUAUAUAUCAUGCGCCGCUGUGCGGCUGCUGGUUGGGCUCGAGAGAGAGCCCUUAAGGCACAACGGAACGAGUGAGUUCCGUAUGAACGAUCGGUGAGCGCCCACUACCACAUAUGUAUAUAUAUAAAUGACACAGGAGCCGAACCCCUCGCAGCUGUAUCACGCUGCGGCGGAAUGUCAGCAAAGAACGUGUCUGAAUUUUCAGUUAAUAUCUAGGUCGAGAGUACUAGUACAUUUACCAUAUAGAUUUCAUACUACUUUUAGUACUAUAUGCUUGUAGAAUGGACAUAACGUGGUUAUUCCAUAAUAAUCGAUAGUCUUACACUCGAAUGUUCAUUGAAAUUUCAGGUCCGACUAUAAAAGUCAUGUCCCGGGGACUUAACUCCAAGUCCUGUACUGAAUAAUUUCUAACAUUAUUCGCUGCAUAUAGGUGUAUAUGUCUGUUGAAAGAAAUGGUGAUGAAGACAAGAAAGAUUGGAACAUCCAUUUCCAGCUUAUAAACACUAGUAAGUCAGCCAUAGUCAAACCCAAAUUCUGCCGCACCUGAAAUUCGAGUUCACAAUUUGUGGUCAUUGAGCUGUAUGCCCUACCAUUUGAGCCACGGGAGUGUUCACUCAUCGGGCUACUGUAUAGUCUCGCGCACCGGUGCUCAGCAUUGUGGACGCAGAUGUAGCACCGGCCGUGACAAAGAACACCGGAAUGGCCAUUUAUGGUCUAUUAAUAGGUGUUAAAAACCUAGACUGACUCUCAUGGCGCAAUUUCGCUAGCAAGUCCCGCAACCUGAGCCAUGAAUGCCUCUUGCGGCAUUGCUUAAACUUCCCAUCGCAACCGACUGGACAACGCACCUCAGACCCACUGGUGGAACGUAAGGCUUUAUACUCAACGAUCGGAGAGUGAGGGUUAGAAUUUUAGGCUAUCCAAACCUGCUUUAGGUUAUUGAUGGCGGGUGAGGACUAACAAGUCGGAAAUGUCCAUUCUCUUCUCUUUUUUCUUUGCCCAUACUCAUUUUGCAUCUGUACAUGUGUAUACGUCGGAGGUAAUCUUGAGGGCAGUCUGAAGCGUAUGCUGCAAACGUCAAGGGAGACUAGGCUUUUCAUUCCUGGAUUACUAUUCCAUAUCAACCAACAAUACUCAGCCCCAAGUUUUGGAUAACCGCAUUCUCUGAUCAGUAGAUGUUACGUUUAAUGCUCUGCUGUUUGAGUAAUAGCUCGUCAUACUUUCGGUUGCGAUCAGCAAUACAAACUUAUGUUGGAAGUAUUUUAACCCGAUUAGAUUACGGGAGGAACUCGCUUUGUUACGUGUUGAGGCCCAAUAGAGAAACCUCGUAUGUAGUCGAAAAGCGACCAUGAGUCAUGCAUUACACUAUGUAAUGGACGUUAGUUGAAUUAGGAAUGAGAGCCCGCCAUCUCCACUCUUGAACUUCUAAGAAAGAUAAUAUUCAAAUCACUAUUAAAGAGCUAGACGUUUCUAAGAACUAAAUUCAACAAAGACGCAAUUCCCUAUUAAAUUAGUUUUUAAUUCCUUGUGGCAAAUAUUUGCUAGAAAAUGUGAAUGGAUUUUUGCAUUCAGCAAAACUUUCCUGGAAAAAAGAUUAUGGUGUUGGAGGGUUUUAGGCGGACGUAGUUCGCGCAGGCCCUUGGAAGGAUGCUUCAUCAAGUUCAUGAUCACUUUAAGGCAAAGGGAGACCUGUCGGCGCAUAAUGAGCCUUUUCAGGCGAAAGUGUUGGAAUAUCUCUCAUCUAGAACGCACUUCUUUCUCAUCCAGUGAUUUUUAUUUAGACACAAUUUUGCCAUGUAAAACGUCUAUGGAUUUUAAGCCGCUAACGUUAAAUUCCAAGGAAAAGGUUCCUUACCGUAAACGACGAAAAAGCCAACGAGACAAAAUCUCCGAACUAACUUAAACCGAAAAACUAACUCUCAGACCAAAAUAGCAAGCAUAUCCGUGGGGUCCGCUAAGAUUAGCUAGCUUUCAUUGUUUUUCAACUUCAUUUUGCAAGUAAAAAUAGCAGUCCACUCUAUCAAUUACUCCAGCCAGCAUUACCUGCUGUUUCGGCCGUUAACUACUCAAUAAACGAGCAUUCUCUUUCUGUCGUCCACUUUUUGUCGAAUGAUUCCUUUAACUAAGUUCACCUGUAGCGUAAACGAAGUAAAUUGCUAGUCAACCCUUCCAGUGAAUCAAAUCUGUCAUUUUUAUAAGAGAAUUGGGUAAACAAUAGCCGGCCUCAUCUGAGGUUAAUUUUGGUUAUCCAAAAAAUAGAAACUAAUUGAUUAGGGGCACUUGUGCGGCAAUUGUUAACGUGUUUACUCUGUGACUCACCGCAGAACUCAAUAGUACAUUUUGAGAUAUAGUACAAUUCACGACUAAGUCUACACCGCAAGCAGCGACAAGUAGGUCGAAACACUGUCACGCAUGAAAAUUGCAACUUGUUCAUCCUUUCGACUGAGCUGAUUCCAAAUGUGUGUCCGACUGUCCUUUCUGUUCGUUCUUGUAGUAAUUGCAGAUGGCAACUGCUCAAUACGGUUAUCUAACAUUGUCUAAAAUCUAAGCUGCAGCCGUCUGCAUUUUUUUAAGAAACUGAUGUAGUUUAGCCUGUUUCUUUGCUAACUUUGCUCCUCAAGGGCGUGCUUUGUACUCACCAAACAGUAUUCUUUUAUGAAAAGUAGUUUCCCCUUUAAUGAAGGAGCACUGAUGCGCUAUAAUUUGGAUGUUUUACUCCUACCUAAGGCGUGAUUUCCAGGCACCGAUCUUUUGCUAACUCAUGAAUAAUAGAUGUUUUUGGCAGGCAGGACCUCCUAUGCAAUCAAUCUAGCAUCCAUCACCUGACUACCAGGCCCAAUUGAUUAAUAGGUGAUUGCGACAGAUUUUGAAUAAUUCUUUUCAUCCGACUGUGAAAACUCGUCGGACUCGGUGAGAUUGCAACUCACGACAGUAAGGCCAAGGCCAUAGAAACGAUUAGUCAAAAGGCGGGCAACCAUCUCAUAAAGUCAGUGUGGUUAUUAAUUUGAGCGUUAUCUGAUUGGGCAGUGAAAUGUACUUUAAAAGUGCAUCUGUGCUCCGUAUUAAGAGCUGGAACGAAGUAAAACAGCGUACGAUUUUUAGAGAAUACCACAUAAGGGUCUUCUGUCGGUAAUAACAGUUUGCACUGGCGUAUGUUGCGAACUUUUCAAUGAAGUACUGCUAUUUGGAGUGGUAUGCCACAGGUUUGAACAACAGUUAUUGGCAGACAGACAGUCCAAGGACGAACGGCUAAGUGACAUAAUGGGUACGUUAACCGUGCAGCAUGAUGGAAUUCCUAAGGAUGUUUAGGCCGCCGGUCAGGCAUGGUUAUGUAGCCCCACCUGAAGUAACCAAACACCAGUCACCCGUAGUACGGGACCGGUGGUAAUGGGGAGUUUUUACAGGCGAGACCGGGGAACGCACAGGCUACGAAGUCAAGUAGUUAUAUGCAAAAGUAAACCUAUUAGGAAUUCGCGGUUGUACUUUGAGUGGUUCAGAAAUAGCUGUCAUAACCCCUAACAGUAUUGUGUUUAUCAGGUGGACUACAUAAACACAUUUUACUAGACCGCUUUCCGGAGCUCAGAAUAGAGCAGUGCUUUUCUUUAGUGGGAGGGCUAAUUGUUUGUGGGGUAUGGAGGUACCGCGAUUGCAUCUACCCUCACUGCCGUAAAGCUUUCAAGACUGGUUUUCCAGAAUGCUGACACCCCGGCGCAUCAAUGCAGCACAGUUCAUGACCCCAAAGAUUUUGACCGUACUGUAACAAAGUAGAUUUUUGGGUUAUUCGCGAAGGAUAUAAUUUUAGAAAACAAAAUUACGCAGGCUUUUCGGUGUAUUCCGGUGACAGGAUAGAGUGACACCAAAUAUCACAGACGGCACUUGGAAGCUAGCUUCAGCUGCACUUUAGCACAAGGCUUCGCUUGCCCUUUAGUGCUAAAUUACUUAUAUUUCCGGGAGCUUUUAGUUAACUCACCUAAAAGUGCAUUUAUCGAAAAUAAGACCAAUUAAGCAAAAUAAAAUACGGCUUCCACUUGACUUCUGUAGGUAACGACGGUCAGCGGUGGAUUUACUUUCGCUUUUCUGCCAAACUAACGAUGGCUUACAUUCUGCCACGUCCUCGAAUAGCAUUGGUGAUCGAUUUGCUAAUUUGAGUUAAUUUACGGAAAUGUACAUAUUAUUCGUAUCCUUUCAGCUGCCGCAGAAGUUUCAGUUUUUCCUCGCCCAAACAUUUUUGCACUUUUUUUCACUGUAAGCAGGUAACAGAAAUCUUUCUUGUUGGAUUAGUAGACUUUUUUAUCUUCGCUAUUCUUCUUAAAUAUUCUUUUUUUCAAACGCCAGGUGGACGACCCCAGUGUUCAGAGUGACAGCGCCGAGUCUCAUAAAUCCUUCGGUGAGAUAGAGGUAAGUCGGGUAACUUGAAUGCGCCACCAGGAUAUUCUUAAUCAUUUCUAGAAAAAAAACACUUUUAUUUCGCUUUCCCGGUAAGACGGCCAACUUCAAAUUCUUUCAAAGUGGGGCCAGGGUAUGACUCGUCAACCUCAAUUUCAUAUGGACCUCUUUAACUACUGAUUGCGCGUCACCCUUUGAUUUUGUAUUGAGAGGUUAUCCUUGAACUCUAAGGCAGAAACUGAGGUAAUUGUCUAACCUACAACGGCGCCAAGUUGAUGAACGAAGUCUCCGCGUGACCUUAUAUAUACCCAUAAGAAAUUAACAAGACGACAAUCUGGAGCUCAGCGGUAAAACAGUGGACUUUAAACAAACAAAUCAAACGUCCUCGCUGUCAGUCACAGCCGCCGAAUAAGACAGGAUGGACCCAUUCCGCUCUUGCUUCUCAUUGUGCGUAGACUUUUCAACACACCAGGACGUCAAAUUCGAAUUAGUUAACUGAUCUUUGAAUCCAAAAUACGUAACUGCUCUGUGCCACCUGGGUAAAUUCCUGUGAGAAAAGAUGACGGUAAUCAUUCUUACUUAUCAAGAGACGGGGCCCAGAAGACAGAGGGCAUAAACGGAUUCCUUGAACGCUUUCUCUCAAGUCUUCCGUCUGCCGUGAAUUCACCGUCAACUUAGUCGACUCGGACAUUACCGAAACCUCCUGGUAAAGUUGGCAGUUCUGGGAGGAUGAGUAGAUUGAGAAGGGAAAAUAGUUCGUUGAAAGAAAUUUAUUGUACUGCUGACGUCAUGAAGGGCUUGGCCAGCUCAGCACUGUCAAAAUACACAAAAUAGAACAGGCCUCCAAAUGACUUGCCGAGCUAGUUGACCUAGAGCCGGAUGAUUUUUGUCUUCUUUCGCUUCCCCGGCCUUCUGGUGGAUAUUUAGCGGGCCUAACAACUGCGUCGGUGGGGGCGGGGGAAAUUGAGCUUCCGUGGAAACCGUUCGGUUUGGUGGCUCUUUUUCUUCACCCGCUUUCCGGUCAUGUCUACUCAGGUUUUAUUAAUUCUAUGUGGCCGUCUUGUCCCUGUUUUGUGCAAAUAACGAUGCAGGACACUAUAAGCCGCAGGAAAGUCAAGAUGCCUGUUGAUGAAGUUGGCAUCUGAUUACCUCAACUCAAGUGCGCCUCGCUGUGUCCUUGGGCUGACCCGGCUUGAGAUGGUCGCUCCUUGGAUAUCUGAAGUACGGUCAGUUUCUAAAUGUGAGCUGCGGGCUGAAAAUUCGGGUCUAGUUUCAAAGUUGCCUGUUUGCGCUCGUGUACACGAGUCUACAACUUAUGUUCGUUUCUCCUGCAUAAAUGCUGUACCCAUCAUCGCAAAAUAUUUUGUGGACAACGGUUUCGUAGCCUUCCAGUUGCGAUUUCGCUCUCCUUAUCCUCUUAAUCCAACAAAUGGCUGUGUCGGUGAGCCCAGGUUCUAAAAGUCUUCAGGUCGUAUAUUUUUCACUGAGACGACCGCAGCGAAUUCCAGGGUGCCGGGGAUUGGGCAGUCUGUCGCUGACUUUAGAAGUAUCACUCAUUUGCACCUUCCUUACCAUUUUAAUUCAGCGACUGACUGUGUCACGGGGGCAGGAGUGCUUAUACGCCAGCAUCGGCUACCUCAGGCAUCGGUUCACACGAGCUUCCCUGCGCGUGCUUCAAGCCCUGCUUGCGCCCUCUCUAUUAUCUCAAUCCAGCGAGCGGCUAAGUAGACUUGCUAAUGGGAUUACUCGCACGGCGUGGAACUCCGUCGGUUCUACUACGAUAGCCAUGCAUUGCGAAUUACCACGCGGUGCCCUCCGUAACCUUCCAGUUGUGAUUGCGCUCUCCUUAUCCUCUUAAUCCAACAAGUGGCUGUGUCGGUGAGCGGAGAUUCUAAAAGUCAUCAGGUUGUCUAUUUUUCACUGAGACGACCACAACGAAUGCCAGGGUGCAGGGGAUCGUGCAGUCUGUCGAAAAUUCCUAGAACAGCCAAAAUGGCUAUUUCGUGCUUGCCUGCUAUCCUCAGCCAGCCAUGUCGUUGCUCUUGGACGGUCGUCAGACCUUAGCCUGACAGCUCACUAAACGAUAACAUACGGGUUCAAACCGCAGACCUGUCUUGACAGAGGUCCACGUGUACCCAGAUGACUGAUGGUGGCAAACGUGUCAGGAAUGGCGUCUUUAACUUUCCUUCUUAAUGGCAACAAACUUACGCCAGUUUAUUGAUCACUUGCCACUCUUCAACUUUCCACGGCGGUUCUGGCCUUCGGAGCUUCAACUUAAAGUGGAAAUUUUUGCAUUCCGCAGCGCAUUCCGGCCAGGUCGGCUAACUGCACAACUUGGCGCGAACAUUAUUCCAUGCAACAACUAAGCACUGCUUGAGAAUCGAAGGGGUGCGCUUAAAGAACAACCAAGAUAAUUCAUCCGUGCCUGAUGGACCACUGUGAAUGAGACUAUCAUGACCAAUGCAGUUCCCCCCAUUCCUUCACUAACUGCCUUCUUCUAUGUGCCCGCGUAAGAGUUGAUGACGUGUUGCCUUUGGUCGUCCCCGACGUCGAUUUACCAUCGCACCGCUCCCAGUUGCGGCAGGGGGGAAGGGAGGGAGAGCGCGACAAUUAUUUUAAUGCUGCUCCCGAAAAUACCCCCCACUUUCCCAGCACUUUCACGUAUGCAAUUUAAUGCCUUUGAUGAUGUGUUGCGUUUAGCGUAUCCGCUUCCUUUUCGGGCCGGCAAGUGUGAUCCAUUCAGAGGCCAAUAAUUACCUGCGCUCCCUUAACAUGAAAGGGUGAAAUCACACUUACCUUCACUGCCAUCCAGAUCUGAAUUUAUAAGCCCCCAGAUGCAGCGCAAUAAGAUAUCUCAAAGAUGAAAGCUCGGAGUCGCAAAUGAUACGCUGUUCGACGGCAAUCCACCGCAUUUUUCGUCUUCUGACGUUUGCCGCAAUGACCCACUUUUAAUGGCCGCCAUUGUACACGUAGAGUAGGUGGGCUAACUCAUGAAACGUCAACCGGAGUUCCGAAAUGCGUUUUCGUUUCGAAAAGAUUAACUAAGUAGUGUUGUAAAACUAAUCAUCAUGCAGCAUAAUUCUAUCGCAAUUCAGCUACCUCGGGAUGUCUGCUUUCAAACGAACUUCUUUUCGGCUUCAUGCAAAAACUACACUCUGUAAAAAAAUGACUGCUUAGGCAGCAUGUAUUUUUCCCAUUUAUUUUCGUUGCCCCUAAAAGUCCAAUUAUAUUUCAUGGAAAACAUGCACACAACUAUUCAUUCUUUUGCUCAUUCGGUAGACAGUUACGUCACUGCCACUAAUGCGGCAGGUAAGAACACAAGUGGCUGUGGUGUGGCAAAAAAGAUUGUCAGCCUAGGAUGAGAGCUAAGGUCAAUACAAACACGUGCGAUGACAGCUAUCGUCCGAAGCACGACCGCGAAUAGACGCAAACCCGUUGUAACAAGAUCGUCACCGCCUAUGAGUACUGUGAGGCGCGGUACAACACUCACCUCCGUCCAUGAAAGUUUGUUUCCUUUUGAAACGUCAGGGCGAUAUAACUAUGGUUCCCGAGAUCGCCUCUUCGGCUUAUAUAUAUAUAUAUAUAGAAGAAGACGGGAAGGCGAUCGCUGGGACCAGUGGUUUAUUUGUCCGACGUUUCGAACUCUCACGCGAGCCCAUCGUCAAGGAAUGAAAAUACUGUACAACUCAUCGCAUAUUUAGCUCAUCUCUGCCGGGAAUGACCUCCAGCUGCGCUGCUGAUUCGUUCACGCAGUGCUUGAUAAGCGAUUGGCAGAUCGAUAUAUAUAUAUAGAAUAACAUUUCAUUAUUGUGCAUAUAAUAACCACCGCUGUGCGGCUGUUUGUUGGGCUCCAGAGCGAGCUUCAGUACACAACGUGACCAAUGAAUUCCGUAACUCGAUCGGUGAACGCCGCUCUAUUAACAUAUACAUAUUUUAUGGUACGCGAAGGGUCUGGUGAAUAACCCAUUCUCCCCAGAGAUCGCAUAACCUCCUUUCACAUAUAUAAAUCAAGGGAUGAGGAGGGACACAGCUCACAGCCCCCCCCUCUUGACUUCAACAAAAUUUGCUUGCGUGCUAAAUUGGUGACAUCAAUUAGAAUUAGCAAUUUUGCCGACAAAAAAUAUAACCGAUGGCAAAGACUUAGUGGCGGAAAUAAAGUAAAUGAUAGACGGCGCUGGUGAUGAGGAAAGCGAAACGAGGAACCGAUUAGGAGAGAGAGAGAGAGAGAGAGAGAGAAGACACGUUCGAUGACGAUGUCGAGUGUAAGGAAGACGGUCGUCAUCAUCAUCAGUAUGAACACCGAGUUGUUCAGGCGCUACUUCCGGCUAAUAAAUGCGCGCUGUUUCUCCGAUGUCUGUUGCGGAAGCCGUCAUCUCGCAGGAAAUUAUCUUUUCUCUCUCUCGACGGGCCUCCGUGUUCUUCUGAAGCGCUGCCGCGCGCAGCUGCAAGACUCGCCUUAAAGGAACCUAUUUUCGACAGAACUGAGGCGGGGCACCUAGCGUGUGUGUCUGCCUCAAAGCUCUUCGUGGAUGAAAUUCGUUCGGUUUUUGCGAAAUUCGACUCAAAAAAUUGUAGCCCGAUGUAUUUGAUCAAAGCGCUCUGUCCGCGUUUUUGUCAACUAUCGUUAUAUUCUUGGCUGAAGCGGGCUAUGGAAGGAGGGGAUUUUAUACAGCCACAAAAAAAUCUUGCGUCUUCCCCGGCGUACCUCAUGAAAUGCCCACCGUAAUCCUCAAACGCAAUUGCAGUCAGAGAGGACUACUUAGGGUAUUUUAUAAGAAUGAUCAUCUCAUGCAGCAUAACUAUAAGAUAUUUCUGUCACGGCAGAAUACCGGUUUACUAAUGAGCUUCUUUUCUGCCAUCUGCGUAAGUCACACUUGGUAGAAAUGACAACCUAGGUAACAUAAUUUUAUCCUGAAGAAGGAGACACGAUCGCUGGGACAAGAGCUUUAUUAGCCUGAUGGCUCGGUUUCCUUCUCGAACCCAUUCUUAGAGACAAUAGCAGGUACGGGUGACCCAUAUUUACUAUUGUCUCUGAUGGUGGGUUACGGAAUUCACUGGAGUCCAACAAACUAGGGUCCAACAAACAGCCGCACAGCGGUGGUUAUUAUAUGUACAAUAAUGCAAUGUUACUCUAUAUUCGCAACGUCAGGCUGAUAAAGCUCUUGUCCCAGCGAUCGUGUCUCCUUCAAGAAUACUUCCUGAGACUUGUCUCUUCACUUCUAUUGGCAAUAAUUUUAUCCAUUGAUAUUGGACGCCCUUGUGGACUUGAGUGGACAGUAGAUGUACUAAUUCAUGAAAUGUCAACCGAAAUUCUGAAAUACGUUUUCGAUUCGAAAAUAUUACUUAAGUAGGGUUGUAAUAUUAGUCACCGCACAGCAUAAUCUCAUGAUAAUUUUAUUAGUUCUGGUUGCCGACUAUUGAACGGAAUUCUUAGCAGCCGCCUGCAAAAACCACACUCAGCGAAAAAGGACAACUUAAGUAGCACGAUUUAUUCUCACUGACUUCUGAUGUCGCUAAAAAUUCAAAUAUAUCUCAUAGGAAACUUUCAUUUAAAUACUCAUUCUUUUAUUCGUUUAGUAGAAAAUUACGCCUUUAAUUUCUUCACUUGGAAGAAGUAUAUAAUUUGGUUUUCAAAAACUUUUCCAAUUCUCGAAUAAUUUUGAACUUGAUCUGCGUUACACUUCCAUCCAGGGUUUGCGAACUGCAAGUUGUAGAUUUUCCAUGUACAGAAAACCAUACGUUUCUCUACCGUAUCAAGAAUUGACCAUAUGGAGUUCAUAAAAUUAAGCAGUGGAUUUGGGCCGUAUUGCAAAUGCAGAGACGGUCUAAAAAUUCUCAUAAUUGGAAACCGUUGCAAAACCGAAUUGUACCCUUCGAAAGUCAGUGAGAAUAAAUCGUGCUACAUAAGUUGUCCUUUUUCGCUGAGUGUGGUUUUUGUAGGCGGCCGAUAAGAAUUCCGUUCAAUAGACGGCAACCUGAACUAAUAGAAUUAUCAUGGGAUUAUGCUGCGCGAUGACUAAUAUUACAACCCUACGUAAGUAGUCUUUACGAGUCGAAAACGCAUUUCAGAAUCUUGGUAAACAUUUAAUGAGUCAGCACAUCUACUUUACACUAACUUACGUGAAACCCGGAAUUGGAACUUGUCAUCUGAAAGGUCUUAUUUUUAUUAGUUGUAAGUUUAUUUGCUUUCGGUAAUUUACUUAGGAUAGAGGUAACAGUAUCCUUUAAAAUCUCCGUCUAAGUCAAGGACCGCAGCGCGUCUAAUCCAAAGAUUUGCGGCCAGCAAUUGGGGUUUAGAAUAUCUUCCACAAAAAACCGACUGUAUAGGGGUUCUGAUGGAUUACUUGCAAAACCUGCGUUGAUUUUUACAGCCUACUUUGGCUCUGGCAAGGAUGGAUCGACAUAUGCUCUCUUAUACCCAGAGGGGGCUUGACAUUUUUGUCAUCUGAUAACUUCCUCGUUUGCCCUAUCUAAGCAACAUCCUGAAAAUGUGGAAGCAGAAAUCCAUUCACUUGCCGAAUUCCAGGUAUCAAUAACACUUUGAUGUUUCGGCUUGAGUCAUUCAUUAAAAGCACACUGAUAUCGUCUGCUAGGAGGUUCUCAUAACAUUUUUAUUGCUUCCAGUUGAUUCUGACGUUUGACGACUACGAUCAGAGCCUGACAGUCCAUGUGGCUAGAGCUCGUGGUCUGCGUCCAAUGGAUCUCAACGGACUGGCGGAUCCAUUCGUAAAGUUACGUCUCCACCCGGACCCAACUGAGGAGUGA